AGGAACUCAUUCCCUUACUCACUUACCUUGGUGAAGUGUGAGAGUAGUGUGCCCCCCACUGGAUUGGGUGGGGCUCAUGAAUGGAAGGAGGGAGAGAUGGUGGGCUGCUGGUUUUAUGAUUCAGUUACUUGCUUAUUCAUUAUGGAAAAGGAAUAAAAGCCAACUAAGUCAGCUGAGGCUCCCAGCAGUUUCAUUAAACUCAGUAUAAAGGAGUUAUUGAUCCGCUGUGGUGAGAGAAGGACAGCGAGAGAGCAGCAGAGAAUUGUGUUUUAUAAUUGAUUUCAGAGGGAGGCAAAAAGCCUUUGAAGUUUUACAGAUGAGAAAAAGGUGAUUGGGUUGGCUGGAGUGUGUAUGUGUGUACGUGACAUUGUGCAGCAAUUUCUACUACUUUCUCUUACUCCUAAGUUAACUUCAGUAUAUAACACAUUUUUCUAAGGUUUCCCAUAGACCCCUAUAGGGGAGCAGGGUUCUGCUCAGAUUCCUGCUCACAAAGAUAAAUGUGUGAAAGCCACAGUUCACACCUUUCCCAGAGCAACUCUCUUCCUUCUCUCUCGCGCUUCGCCCUCUCUCUGCUGAAGCCCUCUCUCUGCUGAAGCCCUCUACUGCAGCUGAUGGUCAGAUCAGAGGAUCUCUGUCCAUGUUCCUUGGCUGUAACAUCCUCCUCUAUCCUCCAUCGAUCUGACACAAUACAAACCUUUUAUAAGGGUUGUCUGGUAAUCCAGUCUGAUUCCAUGUUCACUCUCUCCUUCUCUCUUUCUGUAUUUCUGCUGCUGCUGUCAGCCCCACUUGGUCAUAAUCUCUUAAGACAAUCCUCCAUCCUGUUGUUCAUUGAUUGCCAGUUAUUAGGACAUUUUGUCUCACUUGUCAUUAAGUUGCACUGUAUGACAGAUGAUAUCUAGAUCACUGUUAAUUUCUGUUGGUCCUACUAUAUCAACAACAUCCAACAAAUGUCUAGUUUGAGGAUGAAUCUUUACAUGUGAGGUCAUUGUGCACCUCUGUUGGUAUUGUAGAGCACGGAGCUUGCAACACCAGGAUUGUGGGUUGAAUUCCCAUUGGGCUAUCCAUAAGAAAAUCUACAUGUGCAUGACUGGAAGUCACUUUGGAUAAAGGCGUCUGCCAAAUGGCAUAUAUUAUCAUAUAUUGACAUGUCAUUGAGAUUUUAUGGAUUAAAUGCAGGGAUCCCUCUCUCCCUCGGCUCUUUCAUCUCUCUCUACAUAUCUCCUUGACACAUAAGGACAGACAUCCAUCUCACUGGGAAAAUGUAAUAAUUUGCUUGGCAAUGUCCUUUUGAUUUUUCUCUGUCUUUCUUUCCCUCCCUUCUCUCCCAAUAUAGUACAUCAUUCCCUUGUGUGGGUGGAGGAGCAGGACCUGGCAAUGCUUCAUAUUUCAUAAGAGCUCCUGCACCUAGUUGCUACAACACUGUCGUGCACUAGUGGCUUCUUGGACUGUUUUCAGGGGUUUAGAGCUGGGAAGGAACAGCCACUUGUUUGUCACAGAUUACAAUUGUCUUGUAUUGCACAGAUUGUUGUGCAUCUUGCUGCAUUGAACAGACUGAUUUCUAACAGCUCUGUAGUGAGAACAAGCUUUCUUCCUUUGAUGUGUCAGUUCAUAUAUAUCUGAAGGCCUCAGCAUAUUCUAUCAUGGUGAUGUUUGUAUUAACGCAACAUUGGUGUUGUUAACAGCCUUUUAACAUGCUCCCGUUCUGCACUUGGGGAAAGAGGUUUUCAAUCAGAAAACGACUGUUCAGUUAAUCAAGUUAUCGUACUAAAUAAUUAGCCUGCUGUUAUCUGAUUGACCAGAUCUUUCAGUUUGCCCCUAAUCACUGAUCCAAAGUCAGAUGUUUUUACCUCCUAAUGGUUCAGGUUGGAUAGAUGUCGUUAGGGGGAACUUGGAGUGAGCAGAGCAGUGUUUGGGUCCUCUGUCAAGGCAGCGUUUUGUAGCUCCACUCUGCACUAUAGAAUGUUCUCCUCUACUCAGUGUCUGUCUCUCAGCUCACAGAGCCAGAGAAGAGGAGCUGUCAUCCUCAGGGAGGUAUGGAGACUUACACAGACAUGUGUCAGUCAUCAGUCUGAUAAAGUCCCAUCAACUGAGCCUCAUCUCCUCUCUGUCAUCACAACAACACCUGCCUGUCCUCCCCACUGGCACUGCAGCUCUCCAUCAGAGGACAAGUCAACCAUUGGAAAGUCUAAACUUUAGGAAAUGUUAAUGGUCCCUAUUCUGAGUUAGAUGGCAUGACAAUCUACCACAUGGUCCAUGUUGAUUGGCAGUAGAGGAGGAUCUGGUCUGGUUGACUGCUAGUAGAGUGUCUGUAGUACAAGUCUAGGUCUAUAUAGUCUGUGUAGUGUAGAAGUGUAGGUCUAUAUAGUCUGUGUAGUGUAGAAGUGUAGGUCUAUAUAGUCUAGGUCUAUAUAGUCUGUGUAGUGUAGAAGUGUAGGUCUAUAUAGUCUAGGGCUAUAUAGUCUGUGUAGUGUAGAAGUGUAGGUCUAUAUAGUCUAGGUCUAUAUAGUCUGUGUAGUGUAGAAGUGUAGGUCUAUAUAGUCUAGGUCUAUAUAGUCUGUGUAGUGUAGAAGUGUAGGUCUAUAUAGUCUAGGUCUAUAUAGUUUGUGUAGUGUAGAAGUGUAGGUCUAUAUAGUUUGUGUAGUGUAGAAGUGUAGGUCUAUAUAGUCUAGGUCUAUAUAGUUGUGUAGUGUAGAAGUGUAGGUCUAUAUAGUUUGUGUAGUGUAGAAGUGUAGGUCUAUAUAGUGUCUGUAGUUCAAGUGUAGGUCUAUAUAGUUUGUGUAGUGUAGAAGUGUAGGUCUAUAUAGUUUGUGUAGUGUAGAAGUGUAGGUCUUAUAGUUUGUGUAGUGUAGAAGUGUAGGUCUAUAUAGUGUCUGUAGUUCAAGUGUAGGUCUAUAUAGUUUGUGUAGUGUAGAAGUGUAGGUCUAUAUAGUCUGUGUAGUGUAGAAGUGUAGGUCUAUAUAGUCUAGUCUAUAUAGUUUGUGUAGUGUAGAAGUGUAGGUCUAUAUAGUUUGUGUAGUGUAGAAGUGUAGGUCAUAUAGUGUCUGUAGUUCAAGUGUAGGUCUAUAUCGUUUGUGUAGUGUAGAAGUGUAGGUCUAUAGGAUCUCCUUGUUGACUGACAGUAAAAUAUUGUAUGGAGGUUGACCUGUCUGUGUUGACUGACAGUUGAGUAUUGGUCAAUAUGUCCUUGUUGACCGGCAGUAGAGGACUCUUUCUGUGGAAGUGUCCUAAAUGUCCUAGACGUCCGGCCAGUCUGUCUAGUUUCUAUGUUAGGUCUGGAGAUGUGAUGUGGCAGUGACACUCCUGAGCACGUCUCCCCCGACAGCCACUUGAGAGUCAGCCAUGAUGUCACAUGGCCAUGUCACACAGCCAUCACAGGCAGUCACAUGCUCAGUGUCAAAGAGAGCAGGCUGUCACUCACUCUGAACGGACAACCUUGGCCGUCUAUUCGGUCAACAGAAAAGGACCCUCAUUAAUUGAUUUUACACAGACCUUUGUGCUUGUGAAUGUUGCCUUUGCAAUAACUGUCUCUCUAUUUGAAGUAUUGGUAGCUUUAUUGAUGACACCAAGGUGACACCACCAAGCUGGACCAAUGAAACCAUUAAAAUAGGUAGUUGACCUCCAAGUGUUAUCUGUUGUCAUGGGAAACAGCCUAUCAGAGUUGCCCUGGCAUUGACACCUGCAUGGAGAUUGAUGGACAGAUAGAGGAGCGGUCGGGAGCAGAAUCCGUUCUUCAUGGCAUCCUUGUCAAGGAGAAUAAGCCAAACAAAGUAAUCUCUAUCUCCUCUCCUGUAAUCAAUCUGCAAAGCCUGCGUUAUCAAGAGGUACACGUGUGGAGCGUUCCAGGCUUGUCUGCUCCUUCCUCUGGUCAUGUAGCUCUAAAUGCUGUGGGUAAUAGCUGUUAGCUGGGAGGGUCAAACACACACACCAUCAGAGCAGCUGCAGCCUUUUCUUCAACUGGAGAUAGACCCAAUGAAUAAAAUGUCGCUGGAGUCUAGUUAUCAAGAGGGUGUUGACAUUGUUGGGGGAUUCUUUAGACACGGUCUGGGAUUGUUUUAUUUUUUUAGCUGGCCUGUACCUGUUUCCCUUGUAAAAGUUAUCCAUCACCAGCAGUUACCAUGACAAUAGAGCUGGAGCUGUCUGGAGGGAGAGGCGGUUCCAGAUAAGAGAGGCGUGAGGUCACUGAGUUGUUGACAUUUCCUCACAGCAGCUCCCUCGGUUGUAAUUGGCUGCUGGUGAUAAGAUCCCUUUGUUCUAAUUGGCUGGUGAUAAGAGCCUGGCAGCAGCAGCAUCAGCAGGUCAGAUACUGAUAAUGGGAGCUCCGGGACACCAGUGGAGGAAGGAAGAGAUUAAAGCCCCUCAGAGCUGGACUCUACGGUCUGUCUACUGGACUGUACAGUGUACUGGCUGCUCUGCUUCCUACAGUCACUGGACCACUCUGACACAGGACAUUGUGAUAUUGACUGGCUUUCAUCAGGCUGCCCACUCAAGAGAAAGCUUCAAUCUGUAACCAGUGCCUGCAAUCUGGUUCAGGUUAUCAGUCAACCUACCAGGGUAGUUGCAAACAGUACAUGAAUUGAAUCAUCAACAUGUUUUGAUCAUAUCUUUACUAAUGCUGCAGAGAUUUGGUUGUAAGCAGUAUCCAAAUCCAUUGGAUGUAGUGAUCACAAUAUAGUAGCCAUAUCUAGGAAAACCAAAGUUCCAAAGGCUGGGCCUAAUAUUGUGUAUAAGAGGUCAUACAAUAUGUUUUGUAAUGAUUCCUGUGUUGUUGAUGUAAAGAAUAUAUGUUGGUCUGUGGUGUGUAAUGAGGAGCAAACAGACACUGCACUUGACACAUUUAUAACAUUGCUUAUUCCAGUUCCUAAUAAGCAUGCACCCAUUAAGAAAAUGACUGUAAAAAUGGUUAAAUCCCUGUGGAUUGAUGAGGAAUUGAACAAUUGUAUGGUUGAGAGGAAUGAGGCAAAAGGAAUGGGAAAUAAGUCUGGCUGCACAACUGAUUGGCAAACGCAUUGCAAAUUAAGAAAUCAUGUGACUAAACCUGAAUAAAAAGAAGAAAAAACUACACUACGAAACAAAGAUGAAAUGACAUAAAGAAUGAUAGUAAAAAGCUUUGGAGCACCUUAAAUGACAUUUUGGGAAAAAAGGCAAACUCAGCUUCAUAAUUUCUUAAAUUUUUUUUUAUUUAACCAGGUAAGCCAGUUGAGAACAAGUUCUCAUUUACAACUGCGACCUGGCCAAGAUAAAGCAAAGCAGUGCAAUAAAAACAACAACACAGAGUUACAUAUGGGGUAAACAAAACAUAAAGUCAAAAAUACAAACAGAAAAUAUAUAUACAGUGUGUGUGAAUGUAGUAAGUUAUGGAGGUAAGGCAAUAAAUAGGCCAUAGUGCAAAAUAGUUACAAUUUUGUAUUAACACUGGAAUGAUAGAUGUGCAAAUAGAGAUAGUGGGGUUCAAAUUAGCAAAAUAAAUAACAAUAUGGGGAUGAGGUAGUUGGGUGGGCUAAUUUCAGAAUGGCUGUGUACAGGUGCAGUGAUCGGUAAACUGCUCUGACAACUGACGCUUAAAUUUAGUGAGGGAGAUAAGUCUCCAGCUUCAGAGAUUUUUGCAGUUCGUUCCAAUCAUUGGCAGCAGAGAACUGGAAGGAAUGGCAGCCAAAGGAGGUGUUGGCUUUGGGGAUGACCAGUGAGAUAUACCUGCUGGAGCGCAGACUACGGGUGGGUGUUGCUAUGGUGACCAGUGAGCUAAGGUAAGACGGGGAUUUGCCUAGCAGUGAUUUAUAGAUGACCUGGAGCCAGUGGGUUUGGCGACGAAUAUGUAGUGAGGGCCAGCCAACAAUAGCGUAUAGGUCACAAUGGUGGGUAGUAUAUGGGGCUUUGGAGACAAAACGGAUGGCACUGUGAUAGACUACAUCCAAUUUGCUGAGUAGAGUGUUGGAGGCUAUUUUGUAAAUGACAUCGCCGAAGUCGAGGAUCGGUAGGAUAGUCAGUUUUACGAGGGCAUGUUUGGCAGCAUGAGUGAAGGAGGCUUUGUUGCGAAAUAGGAAGCCGAUUCUAGAUUUAACUUUGGAUUGGAGAUUCUUAAUGUGAGUCUGGAAGGAGAGUUUACAGUCUAACCAGACACCUAGGUAUUUGUAGUUGUCCACAUACUCUAGGUCAGACCCGCCGAGAGUAGUGAUUCUAGUCGGGUGGGCGUGUGCAAGCAGCGUUCGGUUGAAGAGCAUGCAUUUAGUUUUACUAGUGUUUAAGAGCAGUUGGAGGCUACUGAAGGAGUGUUGUAUGGCGUUGAAGCUCAUUUGGAGGUUUGUUAACACAGUGUCCAAUUAAGGGCCAGAUGUAUACAAAAUGGUGUCGUCCGCAUAGAGGUGAUCCGAGCUUCACCAGCAGCAAGAGCAACAUCAUUGAUAUACACAGAGAACAGAGUCGGCCCAAUAAUUGAACCCUGUGGCACCCCCACAGAGACGGCCAGAGGUCCAGACAACAGGCCCUCCGAUUUGACACAUUGAACUCUGAGAAGUAGUUGGUGAACCAGGCAAGGCAGUCAUUAACCAAGGCUAUUUAGUUUGCCGAUAAGAAUGCGGUGGUUGACUGAGUCGAAAGCCUUGGCCAGGUCGAUGAAGACUGCUGCACAGUACUGUCUUUUAUCGAUCACGGUUAUAAUAUCGUUUAGGACCUUUAGCGUGGCUGAGGUACACCCAUGACCAGCUCGGAAACCGGAUUGCAUAGCGGAGAAGGUACGGUGGGAUUCGAAAUGGUCGGUGAUCUGUUUGUUAACUUGGCUUUCAAAUACUUUCGAAAGGCAGGGCAGGAUGGAUAUAGGUCUGUAACAGUUUGGAUCUAGAGUGUCAACCCCUUUGAAGAGGGGGAUGACCGCGGUAAUGUCCUAAGUAUUUCUAAAACUAAAAGCAUUGUAUUUGGGAAAAAUCAUUCACUAAAUCCUAAACCUCAUCUAAAUCUUGUAAUAAAUAAUCUGGAAAUUGAGCAAGUUGAGGAGACUAAACUACUGGGAGUAACCCUGGAUUGUAAACUGUCAUGGUCAAAACAUAUUGAUACAACAGUAGCUAAGAUGGGGAGAAGUCUGUCCAUAAUAAAGCGCUGCUCUACCUUCUUAACAGCACUAUCAACAAGGCAGGUCCUACAGUCCCUAUUUUUGUCACACCUGGACUACUGUUCUGUCGUGUGGUCAGGUGCCACAAAAAAGGACUUAGGAAAAGUGCAAUUGGCUCAGAAUAGGGCAGCACGCCUGGCCCUUGGAUGUACACAGAGAGCUAAUAUUAAUAAUAUGCAUGUCAAUAUCUCCUGGCUCAAAGUGGAGGAGAGAUUGACUUCAUCACUACUUGUAUUUAUGAGAGGUAUUGACAUGUUGAAUGCACCGAGCUGUCUGUUUGAAAUACUAGCGCACUGCUCGGACACCCAUGCAUAUCCCACAAGACAUGCCACCAGAGGUCUCUUCACAGUCCCAAAGUCCAGAACAGACUAUGGGAGGCGCACAGUACUACAUAGAGCCAUGACUACAUGGAUCUCUAUUCCACAUCGAGUAACUGAUACAAGUAGUAAAGUUAGAUUUAAAAAACAGAUAUAAAAAAAAACUUAUGGAACAGCGGGGACUGUGAAGCAACACAAACAUAGGCACAGACACAUGCAUACACACACGAUAACAUACGCACUAUACACAUAAUAGGGAUCCAUAAUAAAUACAAAUACUGGGAUAUUGUACUGGGUGACUUGACCACUAUGACACUGGGAGGGUGCUGUAGGAGUUUCUUACUGGCAUCAUGUGUUCUCAGUUAUCACUCUAGCUAGCUUUAGAGAGCAUCAGCUCAGCAGACUGUGGUAAAACCAGAGGACAUUGUUCAAGGCUGACUACACAGCAGCAGAAACGUACUGUAUUGUGCUGGUUAGGCCCCCUUUAGCCACGCUCAUCAGAUUUGAUUAAUGUCUGAACAAAGGUUUUUCUGCUUUUGAUAUUGAAUCUGAUACUGCAGGACAUUUUCUCCCUCUCUACUCUAACUGCAGCUUCUCCCAGUGUGUUAUUAUGCUCUGAAGAGACUCCUCUAGAGUGAAAUCAGUGUGCAUGUCCAAGCAUGAGGUGACUGGGUAAUGUGUUAAUCUGUCUCCAGCUAGCACUGUGGCCUGCUGUUAUUGGCUAAUGGUGCAUUGAACCCCCACUAGCUAUGAGACCAUAUGCAGUGCACUUUCAUUGCAGCUACUUUCCAUACAGCCCAUCUAAUAGAUGUUUAUGGUAUCUUGUAAAGUAGUCUGAGUGUGAUACGGGUAAUUAAGCCAUGACCACCCACUGUGUUUACCACCCAGGAGACACAGUGGCCUCUAAUGGAGCAUAUCUACACACACUUAGAGAUGCUUCAUACAUCUGCAAUGGGUCUCAGCUGGACCAUAGUGUUACGGUGAAUCAAUAUGUUGGGCAGGAUCACAUUUCUCGUGCCUGUUUUUCAGUAUGUAUUUCCCAUCCCAACUUGCAGGGGGCCAUACUUGUGAACUUUUGCUUAGACCAUGGUUUAAACCAUUGGUCAAAAAUGGCUAAAUGCUAGCUUUUCUCAUAGGCUAACCUGGCCAAAUUAGACAUGAUGCUGUGGAUGGCCAGCUGAGCAGAUAAUUAUAUCCUGUAACAAGAUAAUGAAUCAACCUAUCUGAGACCUUACUAACCCCCUAGAGUGUUUUGACACACCGCUGCGUCAAUCUAAGUAACAUAAUAAAAAAUCCCCAUCAAAAUCUGUAAAUUUAAGCUAGAGAUACACUACAUGAUCAAUAGUAUGUGGACACCUGCUCGUCGAACAUCUCAUUCCAAAAUCAUGGGCAUUCAUAUGGAGUUGGUCCCCCCUUUGCUGCUAUAACAGCCUCCACUCUUCUGGGAAGGCUUUCCACUAGAUGUUGGAGCAUUGCUGCAAGGACUUGCUUCCAUUCAGCCACAAGCGCAUUAGUGAGGUCUGGCACUGAUAUUGGGCGAUUAGACCUGGCUCGCAGUCGGCGUUCCAAUUCAUCCCAAAGCUGUUCGAUGGGGUUGAGGUCAGGGCUCUGUACAGGCCAGUCAAGUUCUUCCACACCGAUCUUGACAAACUAUUUCUGUAUGGACCUUGCUUUGUGCACGGGGGCAUUGCCAUGCUGAAACAGGUAAGGGCCUUCCUGAAACUGUUGCCACAAAGUUGGAAGCACAGAAAUGUCUGGAAUGUCAUUGUAUGCUCUAGCGUUAAGAUUUUCCUUCACUGGAACUAAAGGGGGGGGGGGGCGGCGCAUGUGUGUGUGGAGUAAAGGUGGUCUAGAGUUUUUCCUCUGGUUGCACAUUUAACAUGCUGGUAGAAAUUAGGUAAAACAGAUUUAAGUUUCCCUGCAUUAAAGUCCCUGGCCACUAGUAGCGCCGCCUCUGGAUGAGCGUUUUGCUGUUUGCUUGUGGCCUUAUACAGCUCAUUGAGUGCGGUCUUAGUGCGAGCAUCGGUUUGUGGUGGUAAAUAGACAGCUACGAAAAAUAUAGAUAAACUCUCUUGUUAAAUAGUGUUGUCUACAGCUUAUGAGAUACUCUACCUCAGUCGAGCAAAACCACAAGACUAGAUUUUGUGCACAAGCUGUUGUUUACAAAUAUACACAGACCGCCACCCCUCGUCUUACCGGAGGUGGCUGUUCUAUCUUGUUGAUCCCGCCAGCUGUAUGUUAUCCAUGUCGUCGUUCAGCCACGACUAGGUGAAACUUACGAUAUUACAGUUUUUAAUGUCCCGUUGGUAGGAUAUUCGUGAUCGUAGCUCGUCUAUUUUGUUAUCCAAUGAUUGUACGUUGGAUAAUAGGACUGAUGGUAGAGGCAGAUUUCCCACUUGCCGUCGGAUCCUUACAAGGCACCCCGUCCUACGUCCCCGUAAUCUCUGUCUCUUUUUCCUGUGAAUGAUGGGGAUUUGGGCCUUGUCGGGUGUCUGAAGUAAAUCCUUUGCGUCCGACUCGUUAAAGAAAACAUAUUUGUAGAGGUGAGUAAUCACUGUCCUGAUAUCCAGAAGCUCUUUUUGGUCAUAAGAGAUGGUGGCAGAAACAUUAUGUACAAAAUAAUUACAAAUAAUGCUAAAAAACACACACAAUAGCACAAUUGGGUAGGAGCCCGUAAAACGGCAGCCAUCUCCUCCGGCGCCAUGUGCCUGCUUAGAACUUUUGGCUGAAAAAAGUAGGAUUAUAAAAUAUAAUAUGUAACCGUAUCCAGACAUUGUAAAAGUCAAAGGCGAUGACUCUCAUAUUGUUGUCAAAUAGCAGUAAACUAACCAGUACUGCUAGCCCUGAGUGGUGGCGUGAUCCACUAAAGGGAUCUACUCCACGUCGUCGGCAUAUUGUGGCUGUGAGGUCGAAUCCCAUUCGGGGCAAGAUUUAUUUUUAAGGCGGUGGCAGUCAGUUGAAAAACAUUCUAAUAGUAUUUCUGACUGUCUUCCCAACUCACCAUCACAUACUUUUAAUGUGGGGCUAUGAUAGUCAAUUGCAAAUUAGUCUGACAUAACAUCUCUUAUCUCACCACCACUAAUGAGAUGGGUGUGGCUUGAUGCAUGUCGCAUCAGAGCUUCUCAAAGUCAGGGGUUGUGGGCAGCAGUGCGCACCUCUUCUCUACUGUCACAUCCAUCCUGGAUCGAUAUUUGGUUUUAAUGCAGAUGAGAGCUGGCGAAUGGUACCAUGAGCUUUAACGCUCUGAAGGACGCUGCAGGGUAUUCCCUCUGAGUCAGGAACCAAAACUCCUCCGUAAUGACCCGUGAAUACUUUGUCUGCAGCAUUCGGUCACAUGACUGCUAAAAAGGCUGCACUUACAUUCAUUGUCGUAGUGUGUUGCGAAGGAAAGUCAAAAUAUCAAAGGAAAAAUUAUGACCCCCUCGGCGGAUUCAGACUUACGUCGUGGUGAAAAGUGUCAAGAACUAAGCGUCUAACACUGUAAGGUCAUUAUUAAUUCGAGUAUCAGAGAACGUACCUGGUAAGGAUGCUUUAGUGAAAAAGUGUUUGAUCACGUCUAACUACGUGGACGAUUUUAAUUGGCUGAGACAGAAUUUGUUACCAAAUAUAAUUAUCUGCUCUGCUGGCCGUCCUCAGCAUUAUGGUUAAUUUGGCCAGGUUGGCCUAUGAGAAAAGGUAGCAGCUAGCCAUUCUAAACCGAUGGUUUAAACCAUGGUCUAAGCAAACGUUUACAAGUAUGGCCCCCAGGGGACUGGAGGAGAGCCGAGAAACAGACCCUCGAUAUGCGGUGAAUGUAUCAGAUAGAUAGAAACUCAAUCUAUACUGUAGCAGGCUAGCAGCCAUGUCACCAUGGAGGUAGAAAGGGUGACCGACAAGGACAGUGGAAGGGCUUUAGGACUAAACACAAGUUAACUUUAUUCACAUUCACCAUGUACAUGCAGCUUACCUCUAACCCUUUAGCAAGAGAUGUUGUAAACAACUGUCUAGCAACCUAUUUUUACCACUGCAUCUGAAUUGCUGGAGGCUAGCUUACAUUUAUUUUUUUUACAACAAGUUGCCAUCUUUGAUCAUUUAAUUAGAUCAAACUGUGUCAAUCUGUUAGUGAAAUAUAAAUGGAUUCAUUUUUUUACCCUCUAUGAACCAAUUCGGUGACAAUAAAUGACAUGUCAUAGCCAUUUUUAGACAGGCAUGUCAAUUGUACAGCCAGCUCACUGAAUAACAGAGCAUCUUAGUUCAUCAACUGCAUACUUCAUGAGUUACAGAUUUAUAAUGGCUUUCCUUUUGCUGUAGUCUGUAAUCAUCUGAGGUUAUUUACAUGGCUUUUAAAAGUGCCAUCCCCUUUUUCCUAGGUAUAUUUGUGUUGUUACGCUCUUAUUAAGUCACUGCUAUUGAAUUAACAGCCACCAUCAAAGGCAAUGUUCUACUGCAAGGCUUACCAUGAGAUAACAAGUAAUUAGGAGCUUCAGACACUCAUCCUGUCAUUCCCUUUAAUAAGAACAAAGCAUCAGAGAGCAUCAGCCUUCUCUUCAGUACUGGUCUGUUGUUCUGACAGGCACCACUUCAAAAGAAAAGGAAAACAGAUUAAAGAAACUCUUGUGCUUGUUUUUCGAGAGGGGUGUCAAGUUCUCCUUUAGGCGUCAAUCAUAGUCAUUUUCUGUGUUCCCCUUUUACUAAACAAUAGUUUGCCUGUAUAGUGAAUGUGUGUGUUGAGCAGCAGAGGUGCUGGUACUGAGCUGGACACUGACUGGUCCGUCUAGGUGAGUAGUUUGACUGAGUUCUUAGAGUUCUGUUUGAAAUGAGAAAGAGGGGUGUUCCACUUUCCCUCCUAGAACAAGAAUAAGAAGUACAGGGACAAAUGUAAAGAUUCUCACCCUGAAGUGUACAGGGAGCCAUGGUGAAUAAGGCUGAAUGGAACUAAACACCAAAUACUGUAGAAUCAUAUUUAUCCUAGCAAGAGCCUCUAGUUCAGAAGUCUGGUUUUGUGGUUUUCAUCUCCUUCUAGCCUCUGACAGGUGGAGCCUACUCUGGAGGUGAUGGUUUGGGGAUCUCCUCAGAAAGAGGAUGCCUUGGUUUGGGGAUCUUCUCAGAAAGAGGACGUCUUGGUUUGGGGAUCUCCUCAGAAAGAGGAUGCCUUGGUUUGGGGAUCUCCUCAGAAAGAGGACGUCUUGGUUUGGGGAUCUUCUUCUUUCUUCUCCUGGGACACAUGAAGGAUGAUGGAACUGUCAGUGUAGAGGGAGUGUUUUCUCAGGCUUUCAGAGCUACUACUCUUUGGAGUCCUAUGUUGAGGUUUUUGAGAGCAGACUAUAGUUUAGUUCAGCUCCCUUGAGCUCCUGAUACAUUUGGGACCGGGUUUUGUAACAGUUGGUAAAGACUUCCACUGCUCACAGAAACGUGAACGUCUAUUACAUAGAUGCGGCUAUAUUUCUGCACUGAGCUAAUCUAGCUACACAUAUAUGCAAACAGCAACAAACGAGCACUUUCCAAGUCAUUUAAUCCCCCUUCAGCUCGAUAAAGACGUGGGACCAGUAUGAAAAAGUAUAUAAAUGGAUGCAUUCACUUCUGUAAGUACUGUAGCUCUGGGUAAGAGCAUCUGCUAAAUGAAUAAAAUCUCAAAUGUAAACACAAAUGAAGAGGAAUGCAAAAUGAAAGGUUGAGCUGUCAAGCAGAAAUGAAGUGUACCCACAUUAGGUUAUAAUCAUUGGUUUAAUUCCACAAAUUUUCUGUUGUUUCAAACUGAUUUCAGGUAGGACUUUACAUUUGAAUGGCCAGGCAUUCCCUCUUCAAACCCUCUUCUCUGUGUUGUAAUUAAGGUAUGUUAAUGAAGUUGUUUUGAUUAAUGAAAGUUCAUGUGGGGGAGAGAGAGCAGAGAAAAGCGGAGGCGGUAGAGCAAAAUGCUAUCUAGGAGGGAACUAGCAGCUCAGCCCACACCUCUCUCAUUUGUACAUUAAUGACCUAUUAACCACAGUCAUCUGUCAGUGUUGAUUCAGAUGCAGUGAGCUGAGAUAGACAUCAAAGAUGGAGACAAGGAGCGCUCAUAUCUUUCUUCCUGUGUGUGUGCACUUCCUAGUGCAUGAGUGAGUGUGUGUGUCUGUCAGUCCAUGUGUGUUUUUUCUUCUGUCAAAUAUGGAGGCGGACUGAGAGAUAAGGACUGAAAAGCACUGAAACAUGAUCAAUCGGUGUACGCUUGUCUCUUUUGAAGUCGCUAUUCCCCCAAGAUAGCUAGUUACCCUGACCAUGUGACUGUCUCCACAGAGAGCCUUUAUUCUCCUAUGAGGAGACUGAGAAGGACUGAAGCCCCACUGUGCUAAAUGUUUGGGUACUAGAACAUCAUAACUGUAUGUGAGGACGAGGAGUGGGCAAGAGUGUGUGGGCGGUUUAGAACAUCACAAAUGAUGUGAAGGUGGAAUGGUUUUAUUGAUGUGAAUGUGGGAUGGUUUUAUUAAUGUGAAUUGUAGAUCCAGUGAUCUAUGGAGCUAAUGAGAACUACAGCACUCAUUUGUCACCUUCAGGAACCUGUUCAAAGCUUUUAAUCUCCCACACUGGUCAUAUCUCUCUCUUUCUCUCUAGCUCUAUCUCUCACACAAUGACCCAGCUGAAGGUCAGCUCAUUAAUUAAUACAUCCGCUCCAUGUCUGUCUAUUUCCGACACUCUGGAUCAAUGGGGAUUCUCUGUGGUAAAGCUGCUCUCGCUGUAGGUUUAUGACUGGCAGGGAUUUUCACCAUCAAAGGCUUUAAUACUGUAUUUUGAUUAUAUAGGCCUAGACAUCUAGGUUUGUUAUGACUGGCAGGUUUGUUUUGGUUAUACUAGGUUUGUUGUGACUGGCAGGCUAAGGAUACUCUGCAGGACAGCUGAAUGUCAUGUAGAUUAAAAUUGGCUCCAUCCAUCACAUGGCUCUAAUGAAUCCAUCAAGUCUCCUCCACACUGUCAUCUUCUGACCCACUGCAUAAUGGAUGAACCAUUUGAAUCAGUUGAAUGUAAUUAGGCCUGUAUGUUUAUGAACUGUCUGGUUGGAUUUAUUUAAUGAAUUCUCUGGCAUGUGCUUUCUGCUUCAGCUUUGAGACUGGAUGAAGAAUCUGAGCUCGGCUCACAACUGUCUAUUCCCCUGGAAUCAUUCACUUUGAUUAUGUUGCAACAAACUUUUUCAAUUACUGUUUCAGUGGGGGUCCUCUCCCCUCGUUGCCAAGAUAAUUACCAAUAUGCUCAUCACGUCAUAUUCCAUUUCCCCUCAAAAUGGUGAAAUGAUGUGUGGCGCAUGUCAGGUCUGUUCAGAAUCCGUUGUUGUGUUACAAAAUGACAUUACUGGUAUUAUUGGAAUUUACUCAAACAGCUAGCCAUGGGCUGGGCCCUGGCUGCCCUAUUUGGACGUAAACUCCAUCAAACCAGUAGAGUGAGAACUACAUUAGACCCAGCAGGGGAAAACACAGUAUGGGCCAGUAGAGGGUCAAAACACAUGUACCGUCGGGGAAGAACUACUAAGAGCCAGUCAGAGGGGAGAGAACUCCAUUAUUAGAGCCAGUCAGAGGGGAGAGAACUACAGUAUUAGAGCCAGUCAGAGGGGAGAGAACUACAUUAUUAGAGCCAGUCAGAGGGGAGAGAACUACAGUAUUAGAGCCAGUCAGAAGGGAUAGAUCUACUGAGAGUCAGUAGACAUGAACACACAGGAGUAGGAAGAGUCUGUCAGCUGUCACUACGAUGUUCUGUGUGUUUGUGUCUCUGCUGCCAUGUUGGAUCCUGACCUGGGUUCUGUUACUGCAGUUAAUUAGAAAACACCUCUGUGAUUUGAUAGAGGCCACAUGGACAGAACAUAUCCUCUUGUGGUCCCGUGUUGCUCUGUUGGUAGAGCAUGGAGCUUGCAAUGGCAGGGUUGUGGGUUCGAUUCCCACGAGAGACCAGUAAGAUUUUUUUUUAAAGAAAACGUAGGCACUCAUUACUGUAAGAGCGUCUGCUAAAUGACAAACUAUUUAUUUCUUUAUUUAAUGGACGUGAACAGAGUUCUGUAGUGAGAAUGGAGCAGUGGAGGAGAGGAGGGUUCAGUGUUAGGUUACAAGGUUCAUUUAGAGGGAGAAAUUCCAUUUGUUACUUCCUGUAUUUAAUUAGUUGAAAUGGAAUUGACCCCGACCCUGGGGCUAGAGUUCAUUAAGGGGCUAGAGUUCAUUAAGGGGCUAGAGUUCAUUAAGGGGCUAGAGUUCAUUAAGGGGCUAGAGUUUAUUUAGGUGGUAGUGUUCAUUUAGGGCAGGGUUUCCCAAACUCGUUCCUAGGGACCUCAAGGGGUGCACAUUUAGUUUUUUGCCCUAAGACUACACAGCUGAUGCAAAUGAUCAAAGCUUGAUGAUUAGUUGAUUAUUUGAAUCAGUUGUAUAGUGCCAAGGCAAAAAACUAAACAAGUACCUCUUGGGGUCCCAGGGACCGAGUUUGGGAAACCCUGAUUUAGGGGGUAGUGUUGGGUGACUGCUGCCCAUGUGUGUGUCCCUGUGAUGUCUGAAACUGCCCUGUUUAACUGUAGUUCUGGGCCCCUGGCUGCCUGUCUGUCUGCCUGUCUGCCUGUCUGUCUGUCUGCCUGUCUGUCUGUGAACGCACUCAGGGGCCAAGCAGCAGCCAGGGGACAUGGAGCCACCUUGGCUACUACUGGAACACUAAACUCAUUAUUAGAGCCAAUCAGUGGGGAGAGAACUCGAUUAUUAGAGCCAGUCAGAGGGGAGAGAACUACAUUAUUAGAGCCUGUCACAGGGGAGAGAACUCGAUUAUUAGAGCCUGUCAGAGGGGAGAGAACUCCAUUAUUAGAGCCAGUCAGAGGGGAGAGACCUACAUUAUUAGAGCCUGUCACAGGGGAGAGAACUCCAUUAUUAGAGCCUGUCACAGGGGAGAGAACUCGAUCAUUAGAGCCAGUCAGAGGGGAGAGAACUCGAUUAUUAGAGCCUGUCACAGGGGAGAGAACUCGAUUAUUAGAGCCUGUCACAGGGGAGAGAACUCGAUUAUUAGAGCCAGUCAGAGGGGAGAGAAAUCGAUUAUUAGAGCCUGUCACAGGGGAGAGAAUUCUAUUAUUAGAGCCUGUCAGAGGGGAGAGAACUCGAUUAUUAGAGCCUGUCAGAGGGGAGAGAACUCCAUUAUUAGAGCCUGUCAGAGGGGAGAGAACUCGAUUAUUAGAGCCAGUCAGAGGGGAGAGAACUCGAUUAUUAGAGCCUGUCACAGGGGAGAGAACUCGAUUAUUAGAGCCUGUCAGAGGGGAGAGAACUCCAUUAUUAGAGCCGGUAGACAUGAACACACAGAAGCAGGAAGAGUAUGUCAGCUGUCACUAUGAUGCUCUGUGUGUUUGUGUCUCUGCUGCCAUGUUGGAUCCUGACCAGGGUUCUGUUACUGCAGUUAAUUAGAAAACACCUCUGUGAUUUGAUAGUGGCCACAUGGACAGAACAGAUCCUCUUAUGGAUGGGAACCGAGUUCUGUAGUGCUGUUCUCUUGCCUGGAACAGAGAUGUGAAAUUCUUGAAUUUCAGACAAUCAGAAAUAUUAGGUUACUUCUUGCCUCUGAAUCAAAUCCUUAGAAUUGAGAGAUGGCUUUCACUCCCUGAUUCACACAUCCUACCAGUGGUGAAGAGAAUCCCACCAUGUCUGUACUGGAUUCUGUCCUUAGAGCCUCAAUACAUUUUCUCUGGCAGAUACUGUACAUGCCCAUCACAUCUAUUUGAGAAACACACACACACACACACACAAGGAUGAUUACACGCUACUAUACUACUAAGAGUUAUGGAGAUGGCUGCAGAUCAAUAGAACAACUAACCACUUCUCAUUCUAAACUAGAGCAUUUCCAGUGUAAGGUAUUUAUAUACAUCGCUGUAACACAUGGACAGGAAAGUUGUAUUCUAUUAUUUUUAUUUCUCACUACAGAUACUCAGAUUUUUCCCAUUGUUCGUUAUUUAUGUGUUCAUUUAAAGGAUACAUUUGUAAGUUUUGGCACGACUUUCCAUUGAUUUCCAUUGAUGUGGUCCUCUGUAGCUCAAUUGGUAGAGCAUGGCGCUUGUAACGCCAGGGUAGUGGGUUCGAUCCCCGGGACCACCCAUAUGUAAAAAUGUAUGCGCACAUGACUGUAAGUCGCUUUGGAUAAAAGCGUCUGCUAAAUGGCAUAUUAUUAUUUCAAUGGAACACUUCCGCAUUCAAACCAUCACGACCACAGCAUGAAUUAGGUCCAUUCCUCUGCUGUGGCCAACAUUUUUACAUUUACAUUUUUAGUCAUUUAGCAGACGCUCUUAUCCAGAGUGACUUACAAUUAGUGAGUGCAUACAUUUUUCAUACUGGCCCCCCUUGGGAAUCGAACCCACAACCCUGGCGUUGCAAGCGCCAUGCUCUACCAACUGAGCUACAGGAGGCCCCUGUAUAACUGCUGUAUAAUUAGGAUCAAUGCCACAAUCAAGGUGUCUAAGAGUUAUCUCGCAUUAAUGUAAUCAUCCUGCUUCUAACUGUCGAUAAUGUCUUGUGCAAAUGGAUUGUUUUAUAAAUGGUGAUUGGAUUUAAUUGAUGACAGAGACAAAACACCUUUGCUAACAAUGACCAUCAGGGCUGUAUGUACAUUUGGGGUGUAUGUACAUUUGAUUAGAAUCCAAUGUCCGUUGGUAACCUCAUAUUAUAUUUCCUAGCAUUUUGUUCCAUGUUACUGUUGGGGAGCAGCUCUCUCCUUUUAUCUCUCUCUCGCUCUCACGCUCUCUCUCUCUCUCUCUCUCUCUCAAUUUCAAUUAUCUUCAAUUCAAAGGGCUUUAUUGGCAUGGAAAACAUGUUUGAGACAUGUCUCUCUCUCCCUCUCUCUCUCGUUGUGUUAUCUGUGUAAUCAGUGUUUCUGUCUGUCACGUCCCUCUCUGCUCCAGUGACACAGCACGAGUGCUCCUGCUCCACACAUCUAAAAAUGGCUCCGGAUAGAAACAGAGGUUGUUUACUAAAAAGCACUCUGUCCUGGGAAGUCUGCAGCAAAAAUACUUCAAAGACAAAAAUCACAGCCUCUGUGGCUGAGGUGUUUUUUCUCUUCAUCUUCAAGGUUGUCUAAGAGAAGAAAUCAAGCCUGGGUGCUUUUACAGUAAUGUGGUGUCUUUCAUUAGCUGCAUGUCCCCAGAUACCUCAGCCCAACUCCUCUCCAAGUGUCAUCAUCCUCCGAAAAUCUCUUCUCUCUGGACUUGAGAGAGUGAUACACACUGAAGAAACACUCACCUAAGAGAGGUGGAGAAUGUCAGGAAAGACACACUUGACAAAACUGAAACAGCAAGACCACAUCAGAGAAUAGAGAUUCUCACCAUUGUAUUAUGCUAUUGCAACGCCCUCUGAUGAAGCCGAUUUGUCUCCAACAUUAUGCUGAGUAGAUGGCAUUUCACUCUUAUUCUCCUAUCAUUCCUUGCUUCAGAGUUGAAUCACACAGCUCUUCAAAAGGGCUCUGUUAGUUUAAGACUAAAUGCUGAUCUCAUUCAAGCUACUGUAUCAUAAUGAAAGCUAAUCAAGCUAGUCAGGCAGUUAGUCUGUGCACAUACAGGAAUCAGCUGGACUGCAUGACAAUGCCGUUUUGAUUUGUGCUCAUUGCUCAUGUCAACAUCAUUAUGCUAUCGGAGUUCAUACCUGCAUAAUUUGUCUGGUUUGGAGUGAAGAAAUAUGUGUGGAUGAUUCAUUCAGCUCAGAGGUCAAACAAAUAUAGAAGCAGAGUGAUGUUGGAUUUUUGUUAGGAUGAAGAUAAUCUCUGACAUGCCUAAAAAAAACAUCAAGUUACUCGUCUCUGCUGGCAGUAAAUGUGAAUUAAAGGCUCUGUGAAGAAAAAUAUGUUUACCUCUUUGAACACAGCAAGUUUAGUUUCAUCAACUGUCUUGAAAGAAGCUGGAUACAAAUGUUUAUUUCAAAAGAUAAAAGCUAUAAGAGGAGUUGAGCCUAAUGUGUACUUUAUCAGCCAAGUUGUUGCAGCUGGAGUCUGUUGAUGCUACUGUAGCCUGGCUUCCAACCCUAGUGGAGGAGUGAACUAAUGUAGCAGUAGGGACUUUAGUUUGAUGAGGAAGAUGGGGGACACCCUCUGAAAACCCCUCGAGGCUUGAACACAUCAAAAAGACUGGUCAACAGUCUGGGUCUUUAGUUUGCUGAGGAAGAGGGAUGGGUAGACCCUUGAUGAGGGAGAGAGAUGGGGAGACCUUUGAUGAGGGAGAGAUAUGGUGGAGACCCUUGAUGAGGGAGAGAGAUGGGGAGACCCUUGAUGAGGGAGAGAGAUGGGGGAGACCCUUGAUGAGGGAGAGAGAUGGAGACCCUUUCCCCUCUGAAAGCUUCUUGGCAGGAUCAGGCUGAGGGAUUCCCUGGUGCAGAGAGAUAUGUGUCCUCAGGCUGCUACUAUCAGCUACUUCUGUCUGAACUCUCCUUUCAUUGGCCCUCAUCCUAAAUGAACAGAUCUGUUCUCUACACCCCACUCUGAGCGUUCCCUCCCAGCUCCACUGCUAAUGAGAAAUGCCCUAAGAUUUCUAUAUCAUUAAGAGAUGAAAGGAGGGAAGAGAAGGUCACUCAUGCAUUAUUCAACUGUGGGUGUGUGUGUGUGUGGUUUGUGUGGUGUGUGUGUGUGUGGUGUGUGUGUGUGCAUACACCUUUGGGUGGAUCUAAUGUGUAUAUCGUUACUGUUGUCUCCAAAGCUCCCAAGUUAUGAAAUACAGAAACGUGAUUUAGUUGAUUGAAUCCAGGCUCCCCACGUUGCUGAUCUACAUUUUACAUGUACAUUUUAGGCAUUUAGCAGCCACUCUUAUCCAGAGUGACUUUCAGUUAGUGAGUGCAUACAUUUUCAUACUGGCCCCCCGUGGGAAACGAACCCACAACCCUGGCGUUGCAAGCGCCAUGCUCUACCAACUGAGCUACACGGGACUGAGUUGUGUUGUCUGAGUUGGCUUCAGUUGGAGGGAAUCUCUGCUGACACACAAACAGCAGACAAGCAGAAACACACAGAUCUGUAUCCACUAGAUAAAGGUUAAACAGACAUCCUUCCACUCCAACAAAGCUAUUUCACCAUGCAUGCAUUUUAUUCUGCCUGGUGAGUGUUUUUCAUGCAUUUACAUUUUUUUGUAAUUUAGCAGACGCUCUUAUCCAGAGCGACUUACAGUUAGUGAGUGCAUACAUUUUCAUACUGUAUGCAUAAGGAUGGACUGGCAUCACUACUCUGAAGAUUGUAUUUUAAUGAAAAUGACCGCCUCUUCCUCCUCCUAUAUUGUGAUUCAUGCUGUGAGUCUAAGGACCCAACCCAUAUUCAAAGGAAAUCACAGACAUCUAAUGUCAUGGUUGUUUUUCCUUUUGAUAUACAGACAGUGGAAAUUAAUUAGAUACUACACCAUUUCAACCACCAAUGUUCUGUUCAGCAAGGACAAAUGUAUAGGCCAUUUUCAUAAUUAUAGGUUGAUAUAACUCCUAAUUAUUUGUUACCAGGCAUUUCACAUUUCUGACAAACUGUCAUUAGAUCAGAUUUUCUUUGUGGAUGGUCCAGAUUUCCAUAGAGAAUGCCUGCAAUUAGUUAGACCAGGGAUGGCCAACUUUGAUGGGGGUGGGGGCCACAAAAGAACUGAACUCAUCAUGAGGAGCCGCAGUGGCUCGUGGUUCUGCGUUCCCACAUCCCUCAUCUAACUCAUUUCAUGCAAUUCUACAAAUUUUGCCAUGGGUCAGAGAGAAAUAUUAGCAGUUUUACAGCGAAUUUCCAGCAUUUCUACACAUUUUUGCAAUAGGGUGGAGGCAAAUGUUUGCUGUUCUUAAUAUGAUAACUGAUGAUCAAUGGGCCCCACCCCGGCCGCUAGACUAAUUUACCAGUCCCAUUUUUUGGGGCUGACAUGGGCUAAUUGAGUGACUGCUGAUACAGAACCAAAUUUCGAAAUUGCACCUUGUGUAUUCUAUUAUUGUAACUCUCAACGCUUUCUUGCUUACUACAUGAUUCCAUAUGUGUUGUUUAAUAGUUUUGAUGUCUUCACUAUUAUUCUACAAUGUAGAAAAUAGUAAAAAUAAAGAAAAACCCUGGGAUCAGUCAGUGUCCAAACUUUUGAGGGGUACUGUGUGUGUAUAUAUACAGUGCAUUCAGAAGGUAUUCAGACCCACUAACUUUUUCCACAAUUUGUUACGAUACAGCCUUAUUCUAAAAUUGAUUAAAUUAAAAAUAUUCCUCAUCAAUCUACACACAAUACCCCAUAAUUACAAAGCGAAAACAGGUUUUUAAAAAUGUUUGCAAAUGUAUUAAAAAUGAAAAACAUAAGUAUUCAGACCCUUUGCUAUGAGACUCGAAAUUAAGCUCAGAUACAUCCUGUUUCCUUUGAUCAUCCUUGAGAUGUUUCUACAACUAAGUUUUGGAGUCCAGCUGUGGUAAAAUCAAUUAAUUGGACAUGAUUCGGAAAGGCACACACCUGUCUAUAUAAGGUCCCACAGUUGACAGUGCCUGUCAGAGCAAAAACCAAGCCAUGAGGUCGAAGGAAUUAUCCGUAGAGCUCCGAGUCAGGAUUGUGUCGAGGCACAGAUCUUGGGAAGGGUACCAAAAAAUGUCUGCAGCAUUGAAGGUCCCCAAGAACACAGUGGCCUCCAGCAUUCUUAAAUGGAAGAAGUUUGGAACCACCAAGACUCUUCCUAGAGCUGUUAAUCGGGGGAGUAGGGCCUUGGUCAGGGAGGUGACCAAGAACCCGAUGGUCACGCUGACAGAGCUCCAGAAUUCCUCUGUGGAGAUGGGAUAACCUUUCAGAAGGACAACAAUCUCUGCAGCACUCCACCAAUCAGGCCUUUAUGGUAGAGUGGCCAGAUGGAAGCCACUCUUCAGUAAAAGGCACAUCACAGCCCGCUUGGAGUUUGCCGAAAGGCACCUAAAGAACUUUGACCAUGAGAAACAAGAUUCUCUGGUCUGAUGAAAGCAAGAUUGAACUCUUUUGCCUGAAUGCCAAGCGUCACGUCUGGAGGAAACCUGGCACCAUCCCUAUGGUGAAGCAUGGUGAUGGCAGCAUCAUGCUGUGGGUAUGUUUUUCAGUGGCAGGGACUGGGAGAUUAGUCAGAAUCGAUGGUGAAGAUGAACAGAGCCAAGUACAGAGAGAUCCUUGAUGAAAACCUGCUCCAGAGCGCUCAGGACCUCAGACUGGGGCGAAGGCUCACCUUCCAACAGGACAACGACCCUAAGCACACAGCCAAGACAACGCAGGAGUGGCUUCAGGACAAGUCUCUGAAUGUCCUUGAGUGGCCCAACCAGAGCCUGGACUUGAACCUGAUCAAACAUCUGAGAGACCUGAAAAUAGCUGUGCAGCGACGCUCCCCAUCCAACCUGACAGAGCUUGAGAGGAUCUGCAGAGAAGAAUGGGAGAAACUCCCCAAAUAUAGGUGUGCCAAGCUUGUAGCGUCAUACCCAAGAAGAAUCAAGGCUGUAAUCGCUGCCAAAGGUGCUUCAACAAAGUACUGAGUAAAGGGUCUGAAUACUUAUGGAAAUGUGAUAUUUCAGUUUUUUGCAAAAAUGUCUAUAAACCUGUUUUGCUUUGUCAUUAUGGGGUAUUGUGUGAAGAUUUUAUCAAUUUUAGAAUAAUGCUGUAACGUAACAAAAUGUGGAAAAAGUCAAGGGGUCUGAGUACUUUCUGAGUGCGCUGUAUGUAUAUAUAAUUUAUUUGUAUUUAUUAGUAUUAUUUUGAAUUGGUCCACGGGCCUACAAAAGGGGCCACCAGUUGCCCAUCUCUGAGUUAGACCAUACUCUUUUUCUCUCUCUCUCUCUCUCUCUCUCCAUUCUCCCAUUCUUUCCAUCAGUUAAUCCUGAGUGCAGCCUACCUUCCCUGUCCUGGGGGUGUGUGACCAUGAUAGUGUUACAUAAGGCUUUUCUUUGUAAAAAGGCUGUAAUUGGCCUGUUAGCUGUUAAGACCUUGUCUGUUGUAAACUAAAUGUCCCUGAGCUUCUCAUUGCCUGCUGGGAGGCCUCCAGCCAAGGGGCCUUAAAACAGAUUCAUUUCCCAUCAGCACCCUGGGGGACCGUUUAUUGCAGCUUAAAAGCCCUUUACUGCAGCUCAACGGCCAGUAAGGCUGAGGUCAGGCCUGUGGCAGUGUUUCUCAUGCCAUUACUUUGGCACAUAGAUAAAAAGGGAAUGUCCACCGUUUUGCCAGACUUGAUAUUUUAAUAAAGCUUUGGUGAUUUAAGAUUUAUUUCAAAGAGUUCUCACGAGCCAAACCCUUUUUUCGAUAGUCUUGACCUUUUGGCAAAUGCAUUGGGUAUGACAAAAAAAAACUGCCUUCAUUGAGAGGAAGGGAGGCUAUGCUUGGUUUUUAAUCAAAUUAAACGAAAUGGGAAAAAACUGUUUGUUUCUAACUGCAAGGUUUACGGGCACAAUAAGCACAUAUCUCUUGUUCCAUGUGCAUAUGGGCACUUUGCGUCACGGCUGAAUAGGCUGCACUUCCGCUGUCAAAAUCCAUGCCAUAACCAACCGUGUUUGCACUAAGACCAGCUUUUGAUUGGUCUUAAAUAUCCCCAUGAGCGCAUACUGAAAUUGGCACUUUGGCGCACAUUUUUAAGGACACACCUCAGAUAUUGCCACCCCUCCCACCUCAGCGUAAGUGAGCUCAUAUAAGACCAGUAAAUUACCAAUACAUGCGCGAGGGUUUGAAAGUAGAAGAGCGCCGGCUUUAACAGGUCGAAAUUGCAAACAAGCGUGCAUGCUUAACGCCAGCCGGAAAUAGAGCCAUAGGUAUAGUAACCCAAUUUUGUUACAAUUUAAUCACCAUUGAUUUUUUUCUGCCUCGUUUGACCUUGGAUUGAACACAGUGAAAUGUUCAAUAGAGCUUACACAUUGAAUCAAUCCCUGCCAAACGUUAGGCAUUGAAUCAUUAAAAACAAGAGAAAAAUGGUAUAACACGUGUUCAAUCUCAAACACGUGUUCAAUCUCAGACCAUGGUGCUUGCCUACGGAGCUGUGAGGGGAACGGCACCUCCGUACCUUCAGGCUCUGAUCAGUCCCUACACCCAAACGAGGGCAUUGCGUUCAUCCACCUCUGGCCUGCUGGCUCCCCUACCUCUGCUGAAGCACAGUUCCCGCUCAGCCCAGUCAAAACUGUUCGCUGCUCUGGCACCCCAAUGGUGGAACAAGCUCCCUCACGACGCCAGGACAGCGGAGUCACUCACCACCUUCCGGAGACAUUUGAAACCCCACCUCUUUAAGGAACACCUGGGAUAGGAUAAGUAAUCCUUCUACCCCACCCCACCCCCCCAAAAAAAAUAAAUAAUAAUUGUAAAGUGGUUAUCCCACUGGCUAUAAGGUGAAUGCACCAAUUUGUAAGUCGCUCUGGAUAAGAGCGUCUGCUAAAUGACGUAAAUGUAAAAUGUAAAUGUGUUCGAUCUCAGACACGUGUUCAAUCUCAGACACAUUUAGCCCUUCUCGUGAUGACAGAUGUAUAUUUUCACUGGCUGAAAUGUAUUCUGGUUGGGCCAGCGAGCGAGCGUGUGUGUGUGUGUGGUGUGUGUGUGUGUGCUCGUACAAGCGUGUGUGUGUGUGCGUACAAGCGUGUGUGUGUGCGUACAAGCGCGUGUGUGUGCGUACAAGCGCGUGUGUGUGCGUACAAGCGCGUGUGUGUGCGUACAAGCGCGUGUGUGUGCGUACAAGCAUGUGUGUGUGUGCAUAUAAGCGUGUGUGUGCGCGUACGUGCGUGUGUGUGUGUGUGUGUGAGCGAGUGUGCGUGCUUGCGUGUUGAUCUUUCCACUGCUGUUUGCUAUUCAGGCACACUCCCUCUGCUCUGUGUGGAUGUGAUUGAGUGGAAGGGAGCUGAGGGGUGCCAUGCCAGAGCUCUGCCCUCAAGGUCACUCUAAGAAGCCUUAAAUCCCAGGAGGCCAGCGCCCAGGCAGGCAGGGAUGGAUGGAUAGAUGGAGGGAACUAGUGAGAGGCACUGUGGAUAUUUCCUCCACGACAUCUUAUCAUUACAGGGCAUGAGGGUAACCUUGACCUUGACCAGCACUUUAACUCUCUGUCAAAGCCUUCAGCCCUUAGAUAACUAUGAACCUAAUAAGAUCAGAACUCCUAAGACAACCAAGACUUCCUGUAAUGAGCUGAACAGUAUGGAUGCAUCGGGAUCUUUUGAGAGACAGUGGCCCUGUGGAUGUAUCAUGACCCUUUGAGAGACAUUGGCCCUGUGGAUGCAUUGGGAUCCUUUGAGAGACAUUGGCCCUGUGGAUGUAUCAUGGCCCUUUGAGAGACAGUGGCCCUGUGGAUGUAUCAUGGCCCUUUGAGAGACAGUGGCCCUGUGGAUGUAUCAUGGCCCUUUGAGAGACAGUGGCCCUGUGGAUGUAUCAUGGCCCUUUGAGAGACAGUGGCCCUGUGGAUGUAUCAUGACCCUUCGAGAGACAGUGGCCCUGUGGAUGUAUCAUGGCCCUUUGAGAGACAGUGGCCCUGUGGAUGUAUCAUGGCCCUUUGAGAGACAGUGGCCCUGUGGAUGUAUCAUGACCCUUCGAGAGACAGUGGCCCUGUGGAUGUAUCAUGGCCCUUUGAGAGACAGUGGCCCUGUGGAUGUAUCAUGGCCCUUUGAGAGACAGUGGCCCUGUGGAUGUAUCAUGACCCUUCGAGAGACAGUGGCCCUGUGGAUGUAUCAUGGCCCUUUGAGAGACAGUGGCCCUGUGGAUGUAUCAUGACCCUUUGAGUCAGUGGCCCUGUGGAUGUAUCAUGUCCCUUUGAGUCAGUGGCCCUGUGGAUGUAUCAUGACCCUUUGAGUCAGUGGCCCUGUGGAUGUAUCAUGUCCCUUUCGGAAACUGAGACUAUUUUAAGCUGAACAUUGGUGUCACUGUCUCUAAACUGACUCAGGUUGUUCUGUCUUCUUGCUGGCAUUUGUGCCCCGUUUGUUUUGACUGGUCAGUGAGACUUUACUUUACUGACUUUAUUGUCCCCAUGGGGAAAUGUUGUUACAGUAUCAUGUACACGUUUAAAGUGGCGUUUAAAUACAGUAGAAAACAUUGACAAUACAAAAUUCAUAAGUUACAUACCAAUAAAAAGAGACUAGCCUGCUGGCUUACUGGGUCGAUAGGAACAUUAGCCCGAGCUGUUUAGGAGGGAUAUCACACCUGGCACAAAUGAUUGUCUAGUUCUGUUUUUCCUGCCGGGGGGUGCCCUAUACCUGCUCCCAGAGGGGAGUAGUUUAAAGUCCGGGUACAGAGGGUGGCUUGGGUCUAAAAGGAUUUUGUGAGCCUUGCUGAGGGCUCUGACCUUAAAGAUCUCAUCCAGGCCUGCCUGUUUCUCUGGCUGACAGUGGCUUUGCCAAACCAACAAACAAUACAAAAAGUUAAAAUACUGUCAAUUAAAGAUUUGUAAAACAGAGUCUGUAUAGUACAGUCAACAUUAAAAGAUCCCAGCUUUCUGAGAAAGUACACUCUGCUGACUCUUUUUGUAGAUCAGGUCUGUACAUUUACUCCACUGAAGCUUAUUAUCCAAGAGGACACCCAGAUAUUUGUAUUCCUCUACAAUCUCUAUGUUCUGACCUCUGAUGGAUGUUGCAGAGGUAGGUGUUAUUCGCUUCCUGAAGUCUAUGCAUAUCUCUUUGGUCUUGUUGGUAUUGAGGACCAAGUGUGAUUCAUCACACCACUCUACAAAGUAAUUUAGGACCAGACUAGUUAGUUUGACUGGUCAGUGAGACUAGAUAGUUUAUGACUGGUCAAUGAGACUAGUUAGUUUAUGACUGGUCAGUGAUAUGGGUUAAUUUGUUUUAUCUGGUCAGUGGGACUAGUUAAUUUAUGACUGGUCAGUGAGACUAGUUAAUUUAUGACUGUUCAGUGAGACUAAUUAGUUUAUGACUUGUCAGUGAGACUGUUUACACAACUCCUGUUUGACCUUCUAUAAAACACAUCCAACCCCCUUCUGCAGUUAGAGCUCUUUCAGUUGUUGUUUCGGUGGAUCCACCAAGGAGGGUAUAAUUGGUUAACAAGCCUCUGCGCCUCAUCUCUACCUGCCUGUUUGUUCAGAGACACCAUGAUGACUGCUGUAAAACAACCAUCCCCUCUCCCCUCUGUCAUAUAAGAGUUACAGCACCUUGACACUCUGUGGAACCGCUAAUGGGUGUGUAAUUGGUUAAUGAGUGUGUAGUUGGUUAACAAGCCUCUGAGGAUCUUGUGAGAGACAUUUACAUUGGAACAACAGAGUAAGGUUUUAGCAGCCUUUGCCAUGGCAACCCAGAGAUGGGAGUGUAAUGACAGUAUCAGGGAUGCAGGGACAGAGGUAACAUCAUUAGUCCUUUAUUAUACCAGACCCUCAGCUGCCUCGGAACAAUCAGCCCGCUGCUCAAGUCAUUAGACAGGGCAUUCAGGGCACGAGCGUGUGCGCACACACACACACACACACACACACACACAAACACACACACACACACACACACACACACAAACACACACACACACACACACACACACACACACACACACACACACCGCAUCAGUGUUAGCAGAUGACAGUGACCUUUGAGGUGUGUGAAGUGUUGUUCUCAUCAUCACCAACUGUUUGUUUUGGCAUCAUGAGGCAGGAGAGCAGUUCAGUCUCACAGCCAGCCGACACACUUUACCGUCCGUCAGAGGGACGGUACAGAAAGGAGAGAAAGAAAGCCCAUUUAGAGUUGUGAAAUGGUUUAGUUGGGAGGAAUAGGCUGGGGUUGAAUGUGUGAUCUGUUCUUGUUUACUUGGAGCCUUUUACUAUAGGGAUCUGAAUGUGUUACACUUGGCAGAAAACCAGACUGCUUGCCCUGGGGUUGUGUCUGAAUUUAUGUGUGUGUCUGUAAUAGUAGGCCAGAGAUUUUUUUAAACUUUUGAAUGCCCAACUGCUUUAGAAAUGGCCUUUUGCUUAGUACCAUAGCUAGUAAUCUGCUUUUCAUGAGCUUUAUUCCCUUAAAUUGACCGUGACAGAGAAACAUAAACUAGCCCUGCUCUUUUACUGGAGUUUUAUUGGCUAGAUUCUAUCUGAGGAGUGUCAGGAGGCCCUCUCUUAGUAGAGGUCAGAGGUCAGAGGAAGUUCAGCCAAGAGGGGAAUUAAUGGUAGAAGGCUCAUGGGAGCCAUGCCUAGGCAGAAGGCUGUGUUACUGGACAGAUGGCCUCUCCUCCCUCCACUCUGAAUACAAUGUAAAAGGCUGUGUUACUGGACAGAUGGCCUCUCCUCCCUCCACUCUGAAUACAAUGUAAAAGGCUGUGUUACUGGACAGAUGGCCUCUCCUCCCUCCACUCACAAAUAGGAAUUAUUCCUCUCUGCUAUUGCCAGACAUGAAUUAAAACAAAAAUUCAUUUUUUUUUCUUACAGGGUUAUAGAAGCUAUUAAAUAGGAAAUGUGAGGGAAUCGAACAAAGCAGCCAAAAGUGAUUUGAGACAAUAUCUGAUUGUACCGUAUUCUGAUCUCUCUCUCUCUCUCUCUCUCUCUCUCUCUCUCUCUCUCUCUCUCUCUCUCUCUCUCUGUCUCUCGCUCUGUCUCUCUCUCUGUCUCCCUCUUUGCAGAAGGGAUUCGUAACAUGUCAAUGGACUCCAGCCCCAUGCCGAUGCCCAUGUCAGACCCCAACGCCUGGGCCACAGCCAUGAACAACCUUGGCAUGGCUCCCAUGAGCAUGACGGGACAGCCCCUUAUGUCAGGUAUGGGUCAUUUAAUCCUAACCGUACUGUAGUUAUAACCCUAACCAUACCUCUACUGUAGUUAUAACCGUACCUCUACUGUAGUUAUAACCCUAACCCUACCUCUACUGUAGUUAUAACCAUACCUCUACUGUAGUUAUAACCCUAACCAUACCUCUACUGUAGUUAUAACCAUACCUCUACUGUAGUUAUAACCGUACCUCUACUGUAGUUAUAACCCUAACCAUACCUCUACUGUAGUUAUAACGUACCUCUACUGUAGUUAUAACCCUAACCCUACCUCUACUGUAGUUAUAACCCUAACCAUACCUCUACUGUAGUUAUAACAUACUCUACUGUGUUAUAACCUAACCAUACCUCUACUGUAGUUAUAACCAUCAACUAUACCUACUACUGUAGUUAUAACCCUAACCAUACCUCACUGUAGUUAUAACCCUAACCCUGCCUCUACUGUAGUUAUAACCAUACCUCUACUGUAGUUAUAACAUACCUCUACUGUAGUUAUAACAUACCUCUACUGUAGUUAUAACAUACCUCUACUGUAGUUAUAACCCUACCUCUACUGUAGUUAUAACCCAACUACCUCUACUGUAGUUAUAACCUAACCAUACCUCUACUGUGUUAUAACUAACUACCCUACUGUAGCAUAACAUACCUACUUACUGUAGUUAUAACCCUAACCAUCCCUACUGUAGUUAAACCCUAACAUACCUCUACUGUAGUAUAACCAUACCUCUACUGUAGUUAUAACCCUAACCAUACCUCUACUGUAGUUAUAACCCUAACCAUACCUCUACUGUAGUUAUAACCCUAACCAUACCUCUACUGUAGUUAUAACCCUACCUCUACUGUAGUUAUAACCCUACCUCUACUGUAGUUAUAACCCUAACCAUACCUCUACUGUAGUUAUAACCCUAACCGUACCGCUACUGUAGUUAUAACCCUAACCAUACCUCUACUGUAGUUAUAACCCUAACCAUACCUCUACUGUAGUUAUAACAUACCUCUACUGUAGUUAUAACCCUAACCAUACCUCUACUGUAGUUAUAACCCUAACCAUACCUCUACUGUAGUUAUAACCCUAACCAUACCUCUACUGUAGUUAUAACAUACCUCUACUGUAGUUAUAACCAUAACCAUACCUCUACUGUAGUUAUAACCAUAACAUACCUCUACUGUAGUUAUAAACCCUAACCAUACCUCUACUGUAGUUAUAACCAUACCCUCUACUGUAGUUAUAACCCUAACCAUACCUCUACUGUAGUUUAAACCGUACCUCUACUGUAGUUAUAACCCUAACCAUACCUCUACUGUAGUUAUAACCCUAACCAUACCUCUACUGUAGUUAUAACCGUACCGCUACUGUAGUUAUAACCCUAACCAUACCUCUACUGUAGUUAUAACAUACCUCUACUGUAGUUAUAACCCUAACCAUACCUCUACUGUAGUUAUAACGUACCUCUACUGUAGUUUAUAAACCCUAACCCUACCUCUACUGUAGUUAUAACCCUAACAUACCUCUACUGUAGUUAUAACAUACCUCUACUGUAGUUAUAACCCUAACCAUACCUCUACUGUAGUUAUAACCCUAACCAUACCUCUACUGUAGUUAUUACCAUACCUCUACUGUAGUUAUAACCCUAACCCUACCUCUACUGUAGUUAUAACCCUAACCAUACCUCUACUGUAGUUAUAACCCUAACCAUACCUCUACUGUAGUUAUAACCCUAACCAUACCUCUACUGUAGUUAUAACCCUAACCAUACCUCUACUGUAGUUAUAACCCUACCUCUACUGUAGUUAUAACCCUAACCAUACCUCUACUGUAGUUAUAACCCUAACCCUACCUCUACUGUAGUUAUAACCCUAACCAUACCUUGACUGUAGUUAUAACCCUACCUCUACUGUAGUUAUAACCCUAACCAUACCUCUACUGUAGUUAUAACCCUACCCCUACCUCUACUGUAGUUUAUACCCUAACCAUACCUCUACUGUAGUUAUAACCCUAACCAUACCUCUACUGUAGUUAUAACCAUACCUCUACUGUAGUUAUAACCCUAACCAUACCUCUACUGUAGUUAUAACCCUAACCCUACUCUCUACUGUAGUUAUAACCCUAACCAUACCUCUACUGUAGUUAUAACCCUAACCAUACCUCUACUGUAGUUAUAACCCUAACCAUACCUCUACUGUAGUUAUAACCCUAACCAUACCUCUACUGUAGUUAUAACCCUAACCAUACCUCUACUGUAGUUAUAACCCUACCUCUACUGUAGUUAUAACCCUAACCAUACCUCUACUGUAGUUAUAACCCUAACCAUACCUCUACUGUAGUUAUAACCAUACCUCUACUGUAGUUAUAACCCUACCUCUACUGUAGUUAUAACCCUACCUCUACUGUAGUUAUAACCCUACCUCUACUGUAGUUAUAACCCUACCCUACUACUGUAGUUAUAACCCCCUAACCAUACCUCACUGUAGUUAUAACCAUACCUCUACUGUAGUUAUAACCCUACCUACUCUGUAGUUAUAACCCUACCUCUACUGUAGUUAUAACCCUACCUCUACUGUAGUUAUAACCCUACCUCUACUGUAGUUAUAACCCUGCCUCUACUGUAGUUAUAACCCUAACCAUACCUCUACUGUAGUUUAUAAACAUACCUCUACUGUAGUUAUAAACCGUACCUCUACUGUAGUUAUAAACCCUAACCAUACCUCUACUGUAGUUAAAAACCAUACCUCUAACUGUAGUUAUAACCCUAACCCUACUCUACUGUAGUUAUAACCCUAACCCUACCUCUACUGUAGUUAUAACCCUAACCAUACAUCUACUGUAGUUAUAACCGUACCUCUACUGUAGUUAUAACCGUACCUCUACUGUAGUUAUAACCCUAACCGUACCUCUACUGUAGUUAUAACCCUAACCAUACCUCUACUGUAGUUAUAACCCUAACCAUACCUCUACUGUAGUUAUAACCCUAACCAUACCUCUACUGUAGUUAUAACCCUAACCAUACCUCUACUGUAGUUAUAACCCUAACCAUACCUCUACUGUAGUUAUAACCAUACCUCUACUGUAGUUAUAACCCUAACCAUACCUCUACUGUAGUUAUAACCCUAACCAUACCUCUACUGUAGUUAUAACCCUAACCGUACCUCUACUGUAGUUAUAACCCUAACCCUACCUCUACUGUAGUUAUAACCCUAACCCUACCUCUACUGUAGUUAUAACCCUAACCCUACCUCUACUGUAGUUAUAACCCUAACCCUACCUCUACUGUAGUUAUAACCCUAACCAUACAUCUACUGUAGUUAUAACCCUAACCGUACCUCUACUGUAGUUAUAACCCUAACCGUACUUACUGCAGUAGUGACUAGAGGGAUUGUCUGGAGUGUUUGUGUCUGUGUGGCUGCAGUACAGACUAGGGGGAGUGUCUGGAUUGUUUGUCUGUGUGACUGCAGUAGAGACUAGGAGCAGUGUCUGUGUGGCUGCAGUGGAGACUAGGGGGAGUGUCUGUAUGGCUACAGUAGAAACUAGGGGGAGUGUCUGUGUGGCUGCAGUAGAGACUAGGGGGAGUGUCUGUGUGGCUGCAGUAGAGACUAGGGGGAGUGUCUGUGUGGCUGCAGUAGAGACUAGGGGGAGUGUCUGUGUGGCUGCAGUAGAGACUAGGGGGAGUGUUUGGAGUGUUUGUGGCUGCAGUAUCCAGUGGGGGUUUCUGUCUGUGUAGCUGCAGACUGGUUGCUGGAUUCUGUGGAUCCUGCGGCUCUGCUCACAUUUGCCUACGUCGGCCAUUUUCUGUGUCUCUAUUCAAGUGAACAUGCUGCGCUGAGUCAGCCAGAUGGAGUUAUGACUCUAUUAUCAGUGUGAGGACUUGAGAUCCACACAGCUCAGUUCCAGACAGUUGACAGGAGCUUUGGGAGUAUCACCCUCUUUUGCAAAAUUCAUGCUUGUUCAUAUCUGCCAUCAACCCCAAUACUUUAUUGUUUCAUACAGAACUUGAGUUAUGCAUACAAUUUAUGAUUAAGCCCUAAGCUAACCUGUUCUGUGCAAUGUUCUCUGUCUAAAUAUUCAUGUUAAGUUCAAAAGAAUACAAGAUCAAAAUUGCUGAUAUCAUUCAAACCAAUGAGGGUUUGGAACUUUAAAGCCAAUUAUCUCAGGAUCAUAUUUUUGCAGAUAAAAGCUUAUAGUCCCAAGCUAUCGAUGUCAUCAUUUGUCACCAGAGGAAGAGGCGAUUGCGAGAGGUUUUACUCUGCCCAAAGUCUUUCCAUGAAAAUAAGGCUACGAAGUGAGGAGUGUUUGUAUAUGGAGGUCAAUGAGGGUGUUGAAUUUGGUCAAUAAAAAUGUAAUUGCUAAUUUGCUAUGUGAGGGUUAUUUGAUCGAAUGCACUAAUAUAAGUGGACGCACGUGGCAUUUUGACUACUUUGAAAAAAACUACUUUAUAUCGAAGUUGUGCCUGUUGUCAUAUAGCUAGAGGAUUCAUCAUGGAUAUAACCCAUUUAAACAUGGACAUUGCCAUUGGGGGCUUCCGCCCUUUUAAAAUCAUAUGGGUGGGGAUUCCUAUGCGUUGGGAGCAAUCAGCCAAUGAAGAAGAAGAACAUUGACUACUUUAAAAUGGAGAUGGCCUCAAUGUGGUUGCUCAUGCUGUCACAGACGCUAUAAUGGCAUAGAUACCAAAAUUAGUCGUCUAUCUCUAUGGCCUUUUGUUCACACAUGUAUCUGCCCUCUCAUUGGCUAGAAUGGUCCCACCUGAUCUCACCUCCUCCCGCCUGCCUUCCGUCAUUGAGGCCAUGUAUUUCCAUUGUUAGAGCGGUCACUCGAAUAUCUUGUCAAUAUAAUAGACAAUCUUUGUCACUCAGUCAGGUGAAAUUACAGUGGCAGAGCCAACAGAUAUGUUAUCAUGAGUCACUCAGUCAGGUGAAAUUACAGUGGCAGAGCCAACAGAUAUGUUAUCAUGAGUCACUCAGUCAGGUGAAAUUACAGUGGCAGAGCCAACAGAUAUGUUAUCAUGAGUCACUCAGUCAGGUGAACCAUAGAGACGUGUCAUUAGACCGUCCUUGGGAGAGAGGAGUGAGAGGAACCAGAGCUCCUUCUAGACCCAUAAUGUUCCAUCAAUGUUUGUUUAAUGUUUUGGAACUGAGAGUUUGAGAUGAAUGAAACGCAAUAUGGCGCUACGCUUCUAGUGUUUAUUAUUUGUUCAAUAUCAUUAGAAGCGCUGCGGGGCAUUUAUCACUUUAACAUUACGUUUUGACUCCUCCAGCUAUGAUGAUUUAUGCAGCCAUGUGUCGUUCCUCUCAUAUUUCUAGACUGUCUUCUUUCCCAAAGCCUUUUCUAAACCACCUCCUUCAGCUUGUUUAAAUCACAUUCAUAUCAACAGAGCUACAGUAUUCUAGGCCUCACUGUAAUCCACUAGGUCUCCAUAUUUUAAAUGAAGUGGGCUUGGAGGAUGCUAUUCCCCUACUGGGUUUUUCCUAUUGAAUUUCAUUUGUACAAUUUACUGAGCUGCUGCCAGACUUAGCAGACUCUCUUUGCUAGGCUGUUGUGCAAGAGAAAAUGAUGCACUUUGUUGAGCGAGUUAUAGUUGUAGAGCUGUGUUAGUGUGAUGGAGAGGUUAUAGUUGUAGAGCUGUGUUAGUGUGAUGGAGAGGUUAUAGUUGUAGAGCUGUGUUAGUGUGAUGGAGAGGUUAUAGUUGUAGAGCUGUGUUAGUGUGAUGGAGAGUUAUAGUUGUAGAGCUGUGUUAGUGUGAUGGAGAGGUUAUAGUUGUAGAGCUGUGUUAGUGUGAUGGAGAGGUUAUAGUUGUAGAGCUGUGUUAGUGUGAUGGAGAGGUUAUAGUUGUAGAGCUGUGUUAGUGUGAUGGAGAGGUUAUAGUUGUAGAGCUGUGUUAGUGUGAUGGAGAGGUUAUAGUUGUAGAGCUGUGUUAGUGUGAUGGAGAGGUUAUAGUUGUAGAGCUGUGUUAGUGUGAUGGAGAGGUUAUAGUUGUAGAGCUGUGUUAGUGUGAUGGAGAGGUUAUAGUUGUAGAGCUGUGUUAGUGUGAUGGAGAGGUUAUAGUUGUAGAGCUGUGUUAGUGUGAUGGAGAGGUUAUAGUUGUAGAGCUGUGUUAGUGUGAUGGAGAGGUUAUAGUUGUAGAGCUGUGUUAGUGUGAUGGAGAGGAAUACUGGUGUGUAUCCGUGUGUUCUGUCAUUAAGCGCCUUGAGCCAAGUAUAAGGAAGCUGCCGUUAGUGCUGCUACCUUCAUUAGAGGACUCUCUCUGCAUCUCUUAAAUACCGCAGCUGCAUUGGUAUCACACAGACACACACCAUCAUUGCCAGCGGUCAGGCUGCAGUCAGGUUGGCUGUGUAAUAGUGGGAAGGUGGUGAGGCGGCGUGUGGGACAGCUGUAGUCCUCCUCAUGAAUCACCUGGAGAAACAGAUCUUCCAUAUCUUCCCUCUCUACUCUCCCUCUCUACUCUCCCUCUCUACUCUCCUCUACUCUCCCUCUCUCCCUCUCUCUCUACUCUCCCUCUCUCUCUCCCUCUCUCUCUCUCUCUCUCUCUCUCUCUCUCUCGUUCUCUACAAAACUCACAAAGUAAAGUAGGACAAAUAAUAUUCAUCUGGCACACGCACUGUUUAAUUAUACAUGCAUACAUUUAUACAUUAUACAUUACAUCUACAUCCUGUUUUUAUUUAAAUUAAAUACAACUUUAUUAUUCUCCUCUGGGGCAGUUAAGAAUGUUAAAUUACAAAUAUCAACUUUUGAAAGUUGUCAGUCCAGAAAACAAACUAGUCUCAAUGUCACCUCUUCCAUCUGUUUAUCAGUGAAGUCAGAGGUGGCAUUCUUAUUGAAACCCAGGAGUUCCAUGGUCCAAGGGGUAACAUUAUUUGACUAUAUUUUAUUUACUUUUAAAUAAUUAGUGAUUAUUGAGGAAAAAAUGUAUGAAGAAAUUAGCUAAAGCCAAGGUUGACCACUAACGCUGUUCCUUCUAAACCAGUGAACUGAGUAGCCAGACACUAAACAUGCCCUGUACUGAACUCCAUCUAUAAUUCAGAAAGGCAGAGCUGCUGUGUUUUGCUGGGAACUUCUCAGUCUCAGUGAGAUCUGAUCCACAGUCAGUUCAGGACUUUAUUAACACACCAUGCCUUUUUCUAGGUUAAUGGUGGCCAAACAGUUGAGAGACUAGAUGGCUUUAGAGACACAAUACUGGUGGUUUCAAUUGUUGUAUGAGGAUAUUAUACAGUUGGUUACAAAGAAUGCUUUCCUGGUCUGCUGGAGGCCCACAAACAACACACACACACGCACACGCACACGCACACUUAAAGCCUUUCUUACUAGAUCAGCUUGUACCUUUGAACUAAUCCACCUGGAUUUUCCAUUGAUUCUCCAUGUGAGGGAUUGACCUUCAUCCUCUCCUCAAUAAUUUUUCCUCUGGAGCGCUCUCUCUCUUUCUCCCUCCUUCGUUCUUACAGGAGUCAAUCUAACUUCCCUUGCCAAAGAACACAGCUCUGUUACAACACGUGUGUGCCAAGAUUCACUGACUCCCAUUGAGUAGAACUGGUUUCAAGGAGCCCCUGACUCUAAGCCAAGCCGAUCAACAUCUAGACAGCUGGAUAAAUAAACAGUUCAAGUCGAGGGAAAUCUUAAAGCUACAGCAUGCAAUGACAUUCUAGAUGAUUCUGUGCUUCCAACUUUGUGGCAACAGUUUGGGGAAGGCCCUUUCCUGUUUCAGCAUGACAAUGCCCCUGAGCACAAAGCGAGGUCCACACAGAAAUGUUUUGUCGAGAUCGGUGUGGAAGAACUUGACUAGCCUGCACAGAGCCCUGACCUCAACCCCAUUGAACACCUUUGGGAUGAAUUGAAACGAUGACUGCGAGCCUGGCCUAUGCUAUUGUGCUCUUGUGGCUGAAUGGAAGCAAGUCCCCGCAGCAAUGUUCCAACAUCUAGUGGAAAGCCUUCCCAGAAGAGUGGAGGCUGUUAUAGCAGCAAAGGGGGGGACCAUAUUAAUGCCCAUGAUUUUUGAAUGAGAUGUUCGACGAGCGGGUGUCCUCAUACUGGGGCUCCCGAGUGGCGCAGGGGUCUAAGGCACUGCAUCUCAGUGCUAGAGGCUGUAUCACAAUUGGCCCAGCGUCGUCCGGGUUUGUCCGGGGUAGGCCAUCAUUGUAAAUAAGAAUUUGUUCUUAACUGACUUGCCUAGUUAAAUAAAUGUUGGAUAAAUAUAUAAAUACUUUGGAUUAUGUAGUGUAUAUACACUGAGUGUACAAAACAUUAAGGACACAUGCUCUUUCCAUGACGUAGACUGACCAGGUGAAAGCUAUGAUCCCUUAUUGAUGUCAAUUGUUAAAUCCACUUCAAUCAGUGAAAAUGAAGGGGAGGAGACAGGUUAAAUAAUGAAUUUUAAGCCUUGAGGCAAUUGAGACAUUGAUUGUGUAUGUGUGCCAUUCAGAGGGUGAAUGGGCAAGAAAAAAUAUUUGUGUCUUUGUAGGGGAAAUGGUAAUAGGUGCCAGGCGCAUCGGUUUGUGUUAAGAAUUGCAACGCUGCUGGGUCUUUCACGCUCAACAGUUUCCUGUGUAUAUCAAGAAUGGUACACCACCCAAAGGACAUCCAGCCAACUUGACACAACUGUGGAAAGCAUUGGAGUCAACAUGGGCCAGCAUCCCUGUGGAACGCUUUCGACACCUUAUAGAGUCCAUGCCCCGACAAAUUUGAGGCUGUUCUUAGUGCAAAAGAGGGGGGUGCAACUCAAUAUUAGGAAGGUGUUACUAAUGUUUUGUAUACUCUGUGUAUACCAGUGCCUUAUAUUCUUACAGUGGGGAAAAAAAAGUAUUUAGUCAGCCACCAAUUGUGCAAGUUCUCCCACUUAAAAAGAUGAGAGAGGCCUGUAAUUUUCAUCAUAGGUACACGUUAACUAUGACAGACAAAAUGAGAAAAAAAAAUCCAGAAAAUCACAUUGUAGGAUUUUUAAUGAAUUUAUUUGCAAAUUAUGGUGGAAAAUAAGUAUUUGGUCAAUAACAAAAGUUUCUCAAUACUUUGUUAUAUACCCUUUGUUGGCAAUGACACAGGUCAAACGUUUUCUGUAAGUCUUCACAAGGUUUUCACACACUGUUGCUGGUAUUUUGGCCCAUUCCUCCAUGCAGAUCUCCUCUAGAGCAGUGAUGUUUUGGGGCUGUCGCUGGGCAACACAGACUUUCAACUCCCUCCAAAGAUUUUCUAUGGGGUUGAGAUCUGGAGACUGGCUAGGCCACUCCAGGACCUUGAAAUGCUUCUUACGAAGCCACUCCUUCGUUGCCCGGGCGGUGUGUUUGGGAUCAUUGUCAUGCUGAAAGACCCAGCCAUGUUUCAUCUUCAAUGCCCUUGCUGAUGGAAGGAGGUUUUCACUCAAAAUCUCACGAUACAUGGCCCCAUUCAUUCUUUCCUUUACACGGAUCAGUCGUCCUGGUCCCUUUGCAGAAAAACAGCCCCAAAGCAUGAUGUUUCCACCCCCAUGCUUCACAGUAGGUAUGGUGUUCUUUGGAUGCAACUCAGCAUUCUUUGUCCUCCAAACACGACGAGUUGAGUUUUUACCAAAACGUUAUAUUUUGGUUUCAUCUGACCAUAUGACAUUCUCCCAAUCCUCUUCUGGAUCAUCCAAAUGCACUCUAGCAAACUUCAGACGGGCCUGGACAUGUACUGGCUUAAGCAGGGGGACACGUCUCGCACUGCAGGAUUUGAGUCCCUGGCGGCGUAGUGUGUUAUUGAUGGUAGGCUUUGUUACUUUGGUCCCAGCUCUCUGCAGGUCAUUCACUAGGUCCCCCCGUGUGGUUCUGGGAUUUUUGCUCACCGUUCUUGUGAUCAUUUUGACCCCACGUGGUGAGAUCUUGCGUGGAGCCCCAGAUCGAGGGAGAUUAUCAGUGGUCUUGUAUAUCUUCCAUUUCCUAAUAAUUGCUCCCACAGUUGAUUUCUUCAAACCAAGCUGCUUACCUAUUGCAGAUUCAGUCUUCCCAGCCUGGUGCAGGUCUACAAUUUUGUUUCUGGUGUCCUUUGACAGCUCUUUGGUCUUGGCCAUAGUGGAGUUUGGAGUGUGACUGUUUGAGGUUGUGGACAGGUGUCUUUUAUACUGAUAACAAGUUCAAACAGGUGCCAUUAAUACAGGUAACGAGUGGAGGACAGAGGAGCCUCUUAAAGAAGAAGUUACAGGUCUGUGAGAGCCAGAAAUCUUGCUUGUUUAUAGGUGACCAAAUACUUAUUUUCCACCAUAAUUUGCAAAUUAAUUCAUUAAAAAUCCUACAAUGUGAUUUUCUGGAUUUUUUUCUCAAUUUGUCUGUCAUAGUUAACGUGUACCUAUGAUGAAAAUUACAGGCCUCUCUCAUCUUUUUAAGUGGGAGAACUUGCACAAUUAGUGGCUGACUAAAUACUUUUUUCCCCCACUGUAAUAAAGAGGUUAUAUAGUAUACCACAGUGUUAGAGUUGUAAUCAACAGUGUUUGCUUUGUACAGCUCUUAAGGGCGUAUCCUCAGCACAAAACAAUCUCAACUGCACACUUUCUUGGGCCUAUGUCUCUGUUUGAGGGCAUAUUGCAAUGAGGAGUGUCCACAUCUGCUCUCAAUGGCCCAGAAAGAAAGUGACUAGCUUUACAUUACAGUAGCAUUUGUCAUGCCUUUUAUAAGAAAAGCUUGAUUGAAGACAAACAGAUCCAGACUAUAAUUAAGACCAUAUGGAAUCUUCUAGGGCUUUCCCUCCUCUGUUUCCUCAUUCUCUUUGCUUUCUCUCUCGCUCGCUCGUUUUCAGAGUGGGGACUUCCCCAGAAACCAUUUAUUAUCCAAGACAUUUGACACAGUCAGCAGUUUUGAUUAGAUUCAUUGCCUCUGUGUUACGCAACACCACCUGCCACCAAGUCAUUGCAUCAUCAGUCUGUCUAGAGCCAAGUAGCUACAGGGAGAUGAGGCUCUGUCAACUUAAAUAAAUAAAAUGCUGUGGAGACGGACAGGGUACUGAAGAGGCACAGACGUCAGUUCAACAUCUUUUCUACGUUGGUUCAACGUCAUUUCAUUGAAAUGACAUGGAAACAACGUUGAUUCAACCAGUGUGUUCCCAGUGGGUUGUUUUGUGAGGACAGGGUACUGUAGAGACUUCACUAAGGGGACAUGGUACUGUAGAGCCUCCACUAAGGGGACAUGGUACUGUAGAAUCUCCACUAAGGGGACAUGGUACUGCAGAGCCUCCACUAAGGGGACAUGGUACUGUAGAGCCUCCACUAAGGGGACAUGGUACUGCAGAGCCUCCACUAAGGGGACAUGGUACUGCAGAGCCUCCACUAAGGGGACAUGGUACUGCAGAGCCUCCACUAAGGGGACAUGGUACUGUAGAAUAUCCACUAAGGGGACAUGGUACUGUAGAGCCUCCACUAAGGGGACAUGGUACUGUAUAAUCUCCACUAAGGGGACAUGGUACUGCAGAGCCUCCACUAAGGGGACAUGGUACUGUAGAAUCUCCACUAAGGGGGCAUGGUACUGUAUAAUCUCCACUAAGGGGACAUGGUACUGCAGAGCCUCCACUAAGGGGGCAUGGUACUGCAGAGCCUCCACUAAGGGGACAUGGUACUGUAGAAUAUCCACUAAGGGGACAUGGUACUGUAGAGCCUCCACUAAGGGGACAUGGUACUGUAUAAUCUCCACUAAGGGGACAUGGUACUGCAGAGCCUCCACUAAGGGGACAUGGUACUGUAGAAUCUCCACUAAGGGGGCAUGGUACUGUAUAAUCUCCACUAAGGGGACAUGGUACUGCAGAGCCUCCACUAAGGGGGCAUGGUACUGCAGAGCCUCCACUAAGGGGACACGGUACUGCAGAGCCUCCACUAUGGGGACAUGGUACUGCAGAGCCUCCACUAUGGGGACAUGGUACUGCAGAGCCUCCACUAUGGGGACAUGGUACUGCAGAGCCUCCACUAUGGGGACAUGGUACUGCAGAGCCUCCACUAAGGGGGCAUGGUACUGCAGAGCCUCCACUAAGGGGACAUGGUACUGUAGAAUCUCCACUAAGGGGACAUGGUACUGCAGAGCCUCCACUAAGGGGGCAUGGUACUGUAGAAUCUCCACUAAGGGGACAUGGUACUGCAGAGCCUCCACUAUGGGGACAUGGUACUGCAGAGCCUCCACUAUGGGGACAUGGUACUGCAGAGCCUCCACUAAGGGGGCAUGGUACUGUAGAAUCUCCACUAAGGGGACAUGGUACUGUAGAGACUCCACUAUGGGGACAUGGUACUGUAGAAUCUCCACUAAGGGGACAUGGUACUGUAGAAUCUCCACUAAGGGGACAUGGUACUGCAGAGCCUCCACUAAGGGGGCAUGGUACUGUAGAAUCUCCACUAAGGGGACAUGGUACUGUAGAGACUCCACUAUGGGGACAUGGUACUGCAGAGCCUCCACUAAGGGGGCAUGCUGUCUUUACUUUUACUUUUUACUUUACUUUACUGACUUUAUUGUCCCCAUGUCAUGUACACGUUUAAAGUGUCGUUUAAAUACAAAGCAAAUUGACAAUACAACUUUCAUAACAGUUACAUAACAAUAAAAGAGACUAGCCUGCUGGCCUUACUGGGUCGAUAGGAACAUUAACCCGAGCUGUUUAGGAGGGAUAUCACACCUGGCACAAAUGAUUGUCUAGUUCUGUUUUUCCUGCCGGGGGGUGCCCUAUACCUGCUCCCAGAGGGGAGUAGUUCAAAGUCCGGGUACAGAGGGUGGCUUGGGUCUAAAAGGAUUUUGUGAGCCUUGCUGAGGGCUCUGACCUUAAAGAUCUCAUCCAUGCCUGCCUGUUUCUCUGGCUGACAGUGGCAUUGCCAAACCAACAAACAAUACAAAAAGUUAAAAUACUGUCAAUUAAAGAUUUGUAAAACAGACGACUUUGUAUAGUACUUUGUAUAGUACAGUCAACAUUAAAAGAUCCCAGCUUUUUGAGAAAGUACAGUCUCUGUUGACUCUUUUUGUAGAUCAGGUCUGUAAAUUUACUCCACUGAAGCUUAUUAUCCAAGAGGACACCCAUAUAUUUGUAUUCCUCUACAAUCUCUAUGUUCUGACCUCUGAUAGAUGUUGCAGAGGUAGGUGUUGUAAGCUUCCUGAAGUCUAUGCACAUCUCUUUGGUCUUGUUGGUAUUGAGGACCAAGUGUGACCGGGCCAUGGUGUUCCGUCAUCAUGCAACAGGCUGAUCAAGGCAGUGUCAUCAGCGAACUUAACGAGGUGUCUGUCAGGAUGGGAACUAGUGCAACUAUUAGUGUCCCUGAGGAGAGCCUGUGUUGGUGGUGCGUAUGUCCGACACGUGGGGACCUACUUUGACCCGCUGUGACCACUGGCUCAGAAAGUCCAACAGCCACAAAACCAGCCCCCCAUCUAAGAAGAAGUCCCUUUUGAGUCUCUGUGGCAGAAUGUAAGGCUGGAGGCAGAAUGUAAGGCUGGAGAAAAGUAAACAAAUAGAACCCUGACAUGGGAUUUAACACCCUCUAGAUGUCUAUUGACAAUGUUGAGGAGAGUAAGAAUGUCAUCAUCAACUCUGCUGGGCUGAUAGGCAAACUGAAACGGGUCGAGGAGCUUCUGGGUGGCGCUGACAAUGACUUUUCACAAUUUUCUCAAAGCAUUUAAUUACUAAGGAUGUCAAGGCGACAGGGCGGUAGCCAUUCAGCACAGAGGGAUUAGAUGAUUUAGGAAUGGGUAUAACUAUUGAGUUUUUCCACAAUACUGGCACGUGUUGCUGGUCGAGCGAGGAUUGGAAAAUGUCUGUAAAAACACCAGCCAAUUGUUCAGCACAGUGCUUUAACACAUGUCCUCUUAUUUUGUCAGGGCCUGGGCGUUAGUGUGCGUUACAUCCCCUGAACCACUUCAGAACAUCAGCCUGUUUAACAACAACCCUCUCAAACAUUUGUAAUGGUGCUUCCAUUUGUUGUACCUCCGACACAAAGUCGUCGGAUUCAAAUCUUGAGAAGAAAACAUUCAGUUCUUUAGCCAUGUUCUGGCCUCAUGUCUCCCAAGGUCAGCAUUGGUUAGCCAUGUUCUGGCCUCAUGUCUCCCAAGGUCAGCAUUGGUUAGCCAUGUUCUGGCCCUCAUGUCUCCCAAGGUCAGCAUUGGUUAGCCGUGUUCUGGCCCUCAUGUCUCCCAAGGUCAGCAUUGGUUAGCCAUGUUCUGGCCUCAUGUCUCCCAAGGUCAGCAUUGGUUAGCCAUGUUCUGGCCUCAUGUCUCCAAGGGUCAGCAUUGGUUAGCCAUGUUCUGGCCUCAUGUCUCCCAAGGUCAGCAUUGGUUAGCCAUGUUCUGGCCUCAUGUCUCCCAAGGUCAGCAUUGGUUAGCCAUGUUCUGGCCUCAUGUCUCCCAAGGUCAGCAUUGGUUAACCAUGUUCUGGCCCUCAUGUCUCCCAAGGUCAGCAUUGGUUAGCCAUGUUCUGGCCUCAUGUCUCCCAAGGUCAGCAUUGGUUAGCCAUGUUCUGGCCCUCAUGUCUCCCAAGGUCAGCAUUGGUUAGCCAUGUUCUGGCCUCAUGUCUCCCAAGGUCAGCAUUGGUUAACCAUGUUCUGGCCCUCAUGUCUCCCAAGGUCAGCAUUGGUUAGCCAUGUUCUGGCCCUCAUGUCUCCCAAGGUCAGCAUUGGUUAGCCGUGUUCUGGCCCUCAUGUCUCCCAAGGUCAGCAUUGGUUAGCCAUGUUCUGGCCUCAUGUCUCCCAAGGUCAGCAUUGGUUAGCCAUGUUCUGGCCCUCAUGUCUCCCAAGGUCAGCAUUGGUUAGCCAUGUUCUGGCCUCAUGUCUCCCAAGGUCAGCAUUGGUUAGCCAUGUUCUGGCCCUCAUGUCUCCCAAGGUCAGCAUUGGUUAGCCAUGUUCUGGCCCUCAUGUCUCCCAAGGUCAGCAUUGGUUUUUUCCCCUGCCUAUGUGGGGGGCACUAGCCAUGGAUUUAGUCCCUUGCCAGGCCACCCUUGAGUUUCCUUAGGAGAGGGUCCUCUCCACCCUUUGCUUGUAUGCCUUCUUGUCCACCAGUGUCUGUCUUUUGAUCUCAUGUUGUAAAUCUCUUAAAGCCUGUCUGUUACCCUCAGCAUAAACUGCCUUCUUCCUAUUAAGUAGUGAUUUUAGAUUUUUUGAUACCCAAGGCUUAUUGUUAGGUAAGAUUUUACAGGUUUUAGUAGGCACAACUGACUCAACACAGAAGUUUACAUAGUCUGAAACAUAAUCUGUGAGUUCAUCAAGAUCAGAGCUGCUGUCCUCAAACCUCCCACAUAGUACAGUCAAAACACCCUUGGAGACGAGUGAUACUAUUGCCAUUCCAGAUCUGGACAGUUUUAACUGUAGGUUUCUCCCUCUCCAGGAGCCGACAGUAGGUUGGCCAGAGGUAGACAACAUUGUGGUCUGAUGUCCCGAUGGGAGGUCUGGUGGUGGCAGAGAAAGCAUUUGGUAUUGUCCCAUAGCACAAAGCAAGAGUCUUAUUUUUCCUAAUGUGACAUUUCACAUACUGGUGGUACGUGCGCAGGACCUUGUGCAAAGUACAGUUGUUAAGAUCCCCUAAAAUAAAUAUGGGUGCGUCGGGGAGAUGGAUUCCAGUUUCUGUGACAGAUUAUAAGUCAUCUCUGAUGCUUUUGCUAUUUACAUUUACAUUUUAGUCAUUUAGCAGACGCUCUUAUCCAGAGCGACUUACAGUUAGUGAAUACAUUAUUUUAUUUUUAUUUUUAUUUUUUCAUACUGGCCCCCCAUGGGAAUCGAACCCACAACCCUGGCGUUGCAAACGCCAUGCUCUACCAACUGAGCUACAUCCCUAUAUUAGCGUUUGGUUGAAUGUACACAACUGUAACAAACAAUUGGGGGAACUCACGGGACAUAUAGUAGGGUCGCAGUGACACAGAAAGCAGUUCAAUGUCGGGGGUACAGAGUCUCUCUCUUACCAGGAUCGAUUUACACCACUGGUCCCUGACAAACAGGCAGACGCCCCCGCCGUGAUGUUUCCCUGUGACGGUCAGAUCACGGUCCACUCUGACCAGUGUGAAGCUGGCCGGCUCCACUUCCAUGUCCGGUACUCUGUCAUCCAGCCAAGUCUCAGUAAACGCCAGCAAACAGGCCUCCCGGUAUUCGUGUUUGAAGCGCAGAUUCGAUGACCGCUCAUCUGCUUUCCCCCUCAGUGACUGGGCAUUGAUCAGCAAGGUGGUGGGUAAGGGAAGUUUGUUCUUAAAUUUUUUAAGUCUUUGUCUGAUUCCCCCGUGUUUCCACGUUUGCAUUUGGGUUUGUAAACCACUCACAGACAAUCGGGGAUUAGAUGGGCCAUUGGGAUAUCCAUCGCGUUCGUGUUUGCGUUGCAUUGUAGUCAGAACUCUCUGCUGUAUUGGAUUCCGCUGCCAGCAGCGUUUUCAUCAUUUAGUCAGUUUGUAGCGGGUAUGUACACGAUAGACAAGAUCAGUCCAACACCCCACCACUGUAAAGUCAUCGUUGACAGAUGGUUUACAAACAUAGUGUAAAAUUAAAAACAUAAAAGAACACCACACCAAACGUCACACACACUGUGGGAUGCAACAGAGACUCCACUAUGGGGACAUGGUACUGUAGAGACUUCACUAUGUGGACAUGGUACUAUAGAGACUUCACUAUGGGGACAUGGUACUAUAGAGACUUCACUAUGGGGACAUGGUACUAUAGAGACUUCACUAUGGGGACAUGGUACUGUAGAGACUUCACUAUGGGGACAUGGUACUGUAGAGACUCCACUAUGGGGACAUGGUACUGUAGAGACUUCACUAUGGGGACAUGGUACUAUAGAGACUUCACUAUGGGGACAUGGUACUAUAGAGACUUCACUAUGGGGACAUGGUACUAUAGAGACUUCACUAUGGGGACAUGGUACUGCAGAGACUUCACUAUGGGGACAUGGUACUAUAGAGACUUCACUAUGGGGACAUGGUACUGUAGAGACUCCACUAUGGGGACAUGGUACUAUAGAGACUUCACUAUGGGGACAUGGUACUGUAGAGACUUCACUAUGGGGACAUGGUACUAUAGAGACUUCACUAUGGGGACAUGGUACUGUAGAGACUCCACUAUGGGGACAUGGUACUGUAGAGACUUCACUAUGGGGACAUGGUACUGUAGAGACUUCACUAUGGGGACAUGGUACUGUAGAGACUCCACUAAGGGGACAUGUUGUCUUGUGGGGACAUGGUACUGUAGAGACUCCACUAUGGGGACAUGGUACUGUAGAGACUCCACUAUGGGGACAUGGUACUGUAGAGACUCCACUAUGGGGACAUGUUACUGUAGAGACUUCACUAUGGGGACAUGGUACUGUAGAGACUCCACUAAGGGGACAUGUUGUCUUGUGGGGACAUGGUACUGUAGAGACUCCACUAUGGGGACAUGGUACUGUAGAGACUCCACUAUGGGGACAUGUUACUGUAGAGACUUCACUAUGGGGACAUGGUACUGUAGAGACUUCACUAUGGGGACAUGUUACUGUAGAGACUCCACUAUGGAGACAUGGUACUGUAGAGACUCCACUAUGGGGACAUGUUGUCUUGUGGGGACAUGGUACUGUAGAGACUCCACUAUGGGGACAUGGUACUGUAGAGACUCCACUAUGUGGACAUGGUACUGUAGACUCCACUGUGGGGACAUGGUGCUGUAG